GACGCUAUUGGCUGCUUCACACCGGGGUGCUUGUUUUUGUUGUGAAGCAGGAAGCUGUGUUUCAAAAUUGGGCGUGUGGAGCAGCGUUAACAGAGUAAUAAAUGUACCUUUUAUUCAUUCGACGCUUCAGAGCACGACCUAACCUACAGACCUGAUACUCCUCUACAAAUACCCUCUUUCUCAUAGGAAAAACCACACUCGUAAGUAUCUACUGGUGAUAGUUUUCUUUGUUUCAUUCUCUUGCAGCAGGUCAGAGGGAAACUUGUCGAGACAAGUAUUGAAAUAAAGAAAAGUGUGUCAGACAACCUGAAGAGAGAGAUCAGGUUAGAGGGUAGUUUCUAACUGAGUUAAAUUUAGCUUUGACUAACAGUAUUUUCAUUCACUUUCACAUUCAGUGACAGACUAUAGCUCCAAAGAAGUGCUCACAACAUUAAGUUGCUGUUUUUCUGAAGAAAUUGAACGACCUCAGUGAAAUUAACCAGGUUAGUCAACUAUAAAUGAAUAUUGAAGAUUUUUCUGAUGUACACUAUGUAAAAAAAGUAGCAUUCACUAUAUGAAUUAUCACUGUUUUGUUGUGUUGUUUUACUUCUAAAAGGUGACCAUGAACAGCUGUUGAUCUCUUUUGUUUUCACUUGUAGAGAUUUUCAAGUUCCUUAUUUCUGUAAUAAUGAAACCAAGCUACAGGUUCACUGAUUCGCUGAAUUAACAAGAUAUAUUUCUCGGAAUUAAAAGAUGUAUUUUUACUUUGUAAAAUCUGUCCUGUAUUUGUGAUUAAUUCAUUAUCAGGCGAACAAAAAUAUGAACGAAGACAUCUCUAAUUUUGUAAAUCAAUAUAUAAUUUAUCUCAUCUAUUUACCACAAUUAUAUAAUAAGGUCAUUUUUGUUACUAAAAAAUCACCCUGUUUUUCUGAGUCAAUGAGAUAAUUAUCUCAGAGUUAGGUUGAAAAAAAAAUCUGAAUAAAAAAGGUCUCUACUUAUCAAAAUUUAUGAGUAUCUAUCUUGUUCAUUAGAAAAACAGAGAAGCUUUUUUUUUCCUGUAAGUGAAUGUAAAACACUUCUGCGGUAAUUUCAUGGAAUUAAAAUAAUCUUAAAUUAGAGAAAUAAUUGCAAACUAAAGGUAAAUCGAGAAAAAAAAUCGGUCUUUCAGGAGCUAUUAAAAUUGUAAGAUAUUAAAAAAGGAAUUUAAAAGUGUAAUUUUUUAAUAUUGGUUUUAGUGCCCCCCAUGGACAACCCAAUACUUACUAUCCCCUGACUUUUAGCAGUAAACUAUUUCUCAAAUUACUGAUUACUAAAUCUAAAAAUCUAAAUGUUAAAAAGAUGAUUAACCUUAAUGUUGAUGGACUUGUUUGCUUUUGUGGCUCAUAUGGAGGCAAUGGUAUACAUUUCAGUCUACCCAUGUGCAGGUUAAAAAAUGCUUAUAGGAGCUUUAAUAAGGAUCAACAUAAGGAGAGAGGACUUAAAGGAAAUCAUAGACAAGAAUGGACAGAGUCUGCCUCCUCUCUGGGUGAAGCCACUCUGAGAACAGCACCCUCUGUUGAUGGGCUGCAGUAUAGGUCAUAAAUCCCGCCUCCGCCAGCAAAGCUUAUGGUGCUGUGGACAAACUUAAAGCGUCAUCACAGUGACUCUCGGCGACUGCGCGGCCGAAUGUGUGCAUUGCUACUGCGCAGCGCUGGUUUUAGGAAAUGAAGAAAUAUCCCGGAAAUACCGAGAGCUUUUUGGCUUCAAAUCCGUAUACAGGCGGAAGGCGGAACCAAGUUGUCCAUAGUAUAUACAGUCUAUAAAGGAAAUAUACAGUUUUGAACUCUGGAUGUUAUUCUUUCAUGAUCAUGUCCUCCAGUUCCUCUUCGACCUGGGCUCCUUAGAUAAGGGAACUGAACAAGCAGAACUGUGCAGGAACAUUACAGACAAGACAAAAGUUUUGGCAUUUAUCAUAUGACAUUUACAUGAAUCAAACUUCCCUGUAUUUUGUCCUUUUAUUUGCAGUGUAGGUAGCAGCUGCACGGUCAACGUGUCAUGCAAAGAUGGCUUUGGAGGAAAGGGCGAGGAGCUGUUUGCUGCGCCAUCGCCACAGGCUGGAGCAGGACAUCAAGGCCCCUUACCUGAUGGACCACAUGAUCAGUGAUGAUGUGCUGACUAUGGAGGAGGAGGAGAGGAUCCUGGUUAAGGUAAGCAUGUGCUGAAAUGGUAGAAUAAGGAGGAAAAUCAUAGAUAAUUUCAUAUGAAAAUCUUCAAAUAAGCAGCUUUGGAACAGAUAUUAUCAACUCCAAAUCUAAUAUCUAAUCCUUCUUUUUCCCUGAAGCCUAACAGGAAGGAUCAGGCUGCUGCCUUACUGGAGCUACUGCUGAGAAAGGACAACCGUGCCUACAUCUCCUUCUAUAACGCGCUGGUCAAAGAAGCCUAUGAUGAUCUGGCCAAUCUUCUUCAUGGAGACCUCCCGCAAACAUCAUGCAAUCAACAACUCAACGGCUCCACUGAUUGCUUCUCAUCUUAUGGUGAGAAGUGGAAGCUGAGUUUAAGCAUUAAAUGUAGUUGGUAAGUUUUGGAUGACAUGUUGGAGUUUGACGAUAAUUUGAUCUGUGUUGAUCUCUCCGUUUUGUCAAACAGUGCAGACAGUUCUCAGUGAGGGUGGCGUCCCCCAGAGGCCUGUGGUGUUUGUCAGCAGACCAGAGCUUGUGAACCGAGUCAGGGAGAAACUCUACCGGCUGCAGAAAGAAGCCGGCUGGGUCACUAUCUUUGGCAUGGCUGGUUCAGGCAAAUCUGUCCUGGCUGCUGAGGCCGUCAGACACCACGGACUCAUUGAAGGUGAAUCAUCUUUGACUGAUUGACCCUACUCAGUGCAGAAUCAUCACUUUACCUUCUCCUGUUCCUCGUCUCUCAUCUUCUUGCAGAAUGCUUCCCAGGAGGGAUCCACUGGCUGUCCAUUGGUAAGCUGGACAAACCUGAUCUGCUGGGGAAGAUCCAGUCCUUAUGUUUCCGUCUGGAGCAGAGCCUGGAUUCUCAGUCUCUCCACCGGCCCCCUAACUCUCUGGAUGAAGCCAAGGAGCGCCUGCGCUUUCUUGUGUUGCGCAAAUAUCCCAGGUAAGUUCAUGUUGACAUACAUGCAACCUGUCGUGUGCUUUUUGGAAGUUGUUCAAAUACUGUUGUUUGUUUGCAAAACCGCAAUGUAGGACACAUGGGCUUGUUGUUUCUAGUUGGAUAAAUACAUCACACAUAACUAUUAAGAGAAAUGUAAGCAAUUAAAGCUUCUUGAUUAAAUUACUUUCUUCAUAGUUUGAGUGGAAUAAAAAGAUAAAUUCAAACAGAAAAAAGGAUAAUUGAAGUAAGGAGGUGGGUAAAACUUGAAAAAGGGAGAUCUGUUAAAGUAUCAUGGAGAGGAGAAGGGUCUGAAUCUUGUCUAUUAACAGGGGUCUAAAAAAUUUUAAAAUGUUGACGACACAGACAUAACGAAACACGGUGAUAUCAUUAUAUUACCAAAUGUCAUCAAUAACUAAUCGACUGAUAUUAAAAGCUUCUCUGUGUAUACACCACAAAAAAAGAUGGAUCUUUAACAGAAUCCUGCCUACCCCACCUUAAAGAGUUUAAAAGACUUGUGUGUCUUCUGCCAUAACUCUAACCAUUGGAGUUACUGCUUGUAUUGUUGCCUCACCUGCUUGAAUUGGGAUGAUGCACUUGAUCACUUCCUUAGUUUUUUAAAGUGUGUGAAAAAAUAACCUUGGUUUUCUUACAAACUCAAACAGAUGGAAACACUCUCUGUAAUCGUGUUUUUCAUUCACAUUUUGUUAUAAUUUUUAACCACCUUUGUCACUUAAUUGUUUUUCCCACCAAGUUUGAACCACCUUUAUGUGUAACUUCAGUAAGCUCAUGUUAUUUGUGGUUUAUUAUCGCCAGUUACCCUCUGAACAUUCACCAGGAUCUGAUUAAACUCUCUUCAUAGCUAAACCCUUUUUAUUUACAUGUGCUGCUGGGAGAGACUAACUAAUGAGGGUUGACCUGUGUGUUGUAAAUGAGUCGUCGAUUCAGAAAAAAAGUUAAAGUUUAGGAAAAAAAACCCUUUUUAAGUAACUUUGACUUUAAAGAUUUUAAGAAACAGUUUCAAAAACCAAAUCAAGUCAAUAAGAAAAAGACAAAGAAACCACGCAGAGACAAGCGGCUCAGCUCUACAGAACUGUAUUAAUGCUUUCAGUUAUUUACAGUUAUUUACAGUUUUGAUAUUUACAAAGAGGUGAAAGGAUAAGGGAAGGGAAGGUGGGUAAGGGUUGAAGGGGUAAGGGUUGGAAGAUGGAAGGAAGGAGGAGGUUAAGGUGAGGAGGGAAGUUGGGGGGGAGAUAGGAAGUGGGGUUAGGAAGGAGGUUAGGGGGGAAGUUAGGAGGGGAGAUAGGAAGUGGGGUUAGGAAGGAGGUUGGGGGGAAGUUAGGAGGGGAGAUAGAAGGUGGGGUUAGGAAGGAGGUUAGGGGGGAAAGUUAGGAGGGGAGAUAGGAAGUGGGGUUAGGAAGGAAGUUGGGGGGGAGUUAGGAGGGGAGAUAGGAAGUAGGGUUAGGAAGGAGGUUAGGGGGGAAGUUAGGAGGGGAGAUAGGAAGUAUGGUUAGGAAGGAGGUUAGGGGGGAAGUUGAGAAGGGAGUUAGGAAAGGGGUUUCAGAGGGAGGUUGAGGUUAGGCAGGGGAUUAGGAAGGUGGGUAGAGGGGUUUGUUGACGGCUUUUUCAUUCACCGUUGUCCUCUUUUCUUCUUCCUCUUUUUCAUCUUCUUGUGCUCGCUAUCCUCCUUCUGUAUCUUCUCCUCAUCUGAUUGUUUUUCAGUCUCGUUCCCCUUGUCUUUAUCAGCUAUCUUCUCUUCAUCUUCUUUUUUUAUUUCCUCAUUUUUCUCCUCCUCCUCCUGUUGUUGUCUAUUUUCCUCCUGGAGGAGUUGAGAAAGAAUCUGUGUGUUAGUUGAUUCAGCAGAAACCUGAAAAUAUUCUCUAGAGAAUCAAAGAACUGAUUAUUUUGAUGAUCUGUAAUAUAUCUGAGCUCUGAAGUACCUGCAGGUUGACGGUCUGGUCUUGGAGACACUUCUGCAGAUCAUUGCAUUUUUUAGUCCAGCUCUCCUCGUUCCUCCGAAGCUCCAGGUCCUUUUUAUUGAGAAGGUCCAGGGUGUUAAUGUAAGCUCUGGUGCGCUUACGUCUCUUUUUAAUUGCUCUCCACUGGACCUCUCCCAUAACCUUGAGGUUUUCUUGAAGCCUGUAGACUUCGGAGGUUUCGUUGGCCAGCUGGUCUUUGUAGGCCUUGGAUGAAUUCAGCUGUUCUUCAGCUGCCUUCUGGACCAGCUCAUCUUUAAGCCCCAGCUCUUCUUUGGCCUUGCCCAACUCUGACUCUUUUUGUGCCAGCAGGUCGAUCGUGUCUUUGUGGGCCUGUUUUGUAGCCUGCUCUGUUAUCUGGGCCCUUCUCAGCAGGUCGUCCUUCUUGUUCAGCUCCUCUUGGAGUUUUCGAACCUCCGUUUCUUUUGCAGCAAGUUGCUUGACGUGGGCCUCGAGCAUAUACUUCUCCUUUUUAUCAGCAGAUUCCAGGAGGUUGGUCUUGGAUUUUAGCUGCUUUUGUAGGUCAGCUAAUUUGGCCUCUCUUUGGGCUAGCAGGUCCAAGGUGUUCACGUUCUCCUUUUCUCUGUCCUGCUCCUUUUGCCUCAUUUUAAUGAGGAGGUCAUCUUUUAUUGCAAGCUCCUCUUGCAGCUUUAGCAGCUCUUUUGCGCUCUGGGUGAGGAGGUCCAGGGUGUUCUUGUGAACUCAGUUUAUGUCCUCCUGUUGUUUUGACAUUUCAGCCUGUUUUCUUUCUUGUUGGCUGGUGGACUCUUUCAACACUUUGUUUUGCUCCUUUAGAGUCUUGAGCUCUGCGAUGGUGGAGCAGAGAGUUUCUCGAAGACUCUGGGCAACUUGGGCGUCACUGAGCUGGUGAUGCGGUUUCUGCAGCUGAACAUUAGUUGGAGCGUUCAGGGUGUUCACAGCUGCUACAUAUGUGACUGGCACACAGGGCUGAGAGAGAGAAAAUGACAUGAGGUUCAUUAAAAAAAUUACAAAACUUUGUCAACAUGGAAACAUGACAACAAAAGUAAUUUACUGAAAGUUUAAUGAGAAAGUCUUACCAGGUAUCCUGCAGGAAAUCUCAGACCAACUUGAAGCGACCUAGUCGACACAUCCUAUGUAUUAUUCAAAGCCGCCAGGUGGGUCACGCUUAAGGAGGAAUAUAUGAAUGUAGAAAAAAUUACAAGGAGAGCUCUGCUAAAAUGUAAGAUUUUGGUGCUGAAAAACUUCUCUGAAGCCUUUGCUAAUUAAUAGGAUGGCCGACCGUCCAGCAUUAGCCGGGACGCUGUGUUUGAGCCAAAAGAGGCGCGUCGCCGCACGGGUAAAUGCUAAAGCUACAUGCUGCUCCUGAGGGGCAUUUUGUCCCCCGCCGGCGGAGUUCUCGGGGAAGAAGCGAGCAGCUAAAAUAUGGGAGGAUCAGGUGUUGUGCCGUAGAAUGAACCCCCUGCAUCCCAUCCACUCGCUAGCUUCUUAAACUGGAAGAAAAUGAUCUCAUAUUUUAAAAAACACGACUAUUUGAUCGUUACAACUUUCGUUCUGAUUUUAUGUGUCUCAAAAAUGCACAUACGGAGGUGUGCUUGGGUAUAUAAACUGUACAGUAAACUGUCAAGCUAGCGAACAUUAUAUUUUCGGGACAGCAAAUAUUCUGAAUCAGAGGGCUAUUUUUUCGGCUUAUCUGAAUAGCCUGAGUGAAAUUAUUAAAGGCACACGCUUUUGGGUUCAUCCAAUGGUAAGGAAAACUUGGAUUAUUUUCGCCUUGUUAAGUACUUUCGACCGCGCUCCCGUCGGGGGUGCAUUCUACGGCACAACACCUGAGGCACCGGGGGGAGUUCAGGCUAAACAGUAAGUCAAAAUAAAACGUUCAUUCUUACAGAUGAGUUUUGUGAUCGUUUGUGCAGCCAACAACAGAGCAAACGCUGCCUCUUUUUCAGAUCGUACUUUCGCCGUGGUUCUAACCGGAGCAAUGCGAACGAGCGGCCGGGAAUAAUGGCGCUGUUUUGAUAAUUUUUUGGGCAGGGCAGUACCAUCAACCUGCCAGCACUGACGUGACGUUAUGUCAGUGGAGUUUUCAGAACGGCUCUGAGCACACAGUUCCUAAACAUGGAGACAACUAAAAAACGACUGGAUGGAAUUUUUACGAACUUGGGGGGAUUGUAGCGGUUUUUUAUCCCUGAUAUGCCCCCCCUUAACAAAGUCGUUUUUUCAUUCCAUGGCCCCUUUAAAUCUACAUGCAGUUAUAUCACUGUUAAAUAAUGACAGAGUGUUGAUCUACAGCUUCUCUGUGUUUGGGCUCUCACUGAGUGGGUGAGGCCCUCAGGUUGUUGCAGACAGAAACGUACAGAGCUGCUAAAGGAGCCGUUAGUCCGUCACCCAGCAGGACUGUCAGCUUCUCCUCAGGUGGUAAAGUUGAAAAAUUUGGGUUAGUGGGUUAUUGAUAUUUACCUUUGGCAUUAAAACACCACCUUUGUCACUUAAUUGUUUUUCCCACCAAGUUUGAACCACCUUUUUGUGUUACUUCAGUAAGCUCAUGUUAUUUGUGGUUUAUUAUUGCCAGUUACCCUCUGAACAUUCACCAGGAUCUUAUUAAACUCUCUUCAUAGCUAAAACCUUUUUAUUUAGAGACUAACUAAUGAGGCUUGACCUGUGUGUUGUAAAUGAGUCGUCCAUUCAGAAAAAAAAGUGAAAAAGUGAUAGAUUAAUUGUCUAAAGCUGUGAACUUUUUCAAUAACUCAGACUUUAAAGAUUUUAAGACCUAAGUGUUACCAGAUCUGUAAGAAACAGUUUAAAAACCAUCACAUCAAUCAACAAAUGUAAUUGCACUUAAAGGUGGGGUAGGCAGGAAUCCGUUCAAGAAGCAUCUUUUUUUGUGGUGUAUAUACAAAAAAGCUUUUAAUAUCAGUCAAUAGCUAUUAGUCAUUGAUGACAUUUGGUAAUAUAACUGUGUUGUCUUAACUUGAAAAAACAAUAAACUACAAGCCAAGACGUGUCUGAAACCGGCUAAACAUCAGAGUGACGCGUUCACGGGCCGCUUGUCAAUAAAAAAUUAGGCUCCACAGGUACUUUGCAAUAAUAAUCCACUCAAAGUUUAUUUACAACACACCAAUAAAUUCCAAAAGGCACAAAUGCGAUACAAAUUCAUCCUUGACAAGUGCAAAAAAAAACAAAUUGACGUUUAACAACUUGUGUGCUCUCACCGGUCACUGGAAAACAUCAAUAUUACAUGAACCCAAAAUCCAUACUGGAUGAGAAAUUUAAAUACACAAAUAUGGAAAAAGGUUAUACCAUACAAAUUGGCUCUAACACUGCUGUUAACAUCAUUUCAUCAUUUUUUUGUCUCCAAUCACUUGCCUGUUUCGUUUUUUGACUUCAGGUCCCUGCUGAUCCUCGACGACAUCUGGGACAGCAUGGUGUUAAAAGCAUUUGACAUCCAGUGUCGCGUCCUUUUGACCACCAGAAACAGAAGCCUUACAGACUCUGUCAGUGGUAAGUACUGAAGGGUAUGAACAUGUGGACUGAGAUGAAUUUAAGCUGCAGAGAUAAUUUGGUUGAUUUUUUUUAAUCUUGUAGGUGCUAAAUAUGAGGUUGAAGUGGAGAGUGGUCUGGAUGAAAAGAAAGGACUGGAGAUCCUGGCCCUUUACACAAACACCAAACCUCAGGGACUUCCUGAAGAGGCCCGCAGCAUAGUCAAGGAAUGCAAAGGUUGGAGUCUUAUAUAUGAAUUAAAUACAUUGCAAAUACUCUAUAAAUGUGUAGUUUUGGAAGUAUUGAUGUUUCACUUUGGAUUAUCUUUAGGUUCCCCUCUUGUAGUGUCCCUGAUUGGCGCUCUUCUCAAAGAGAAGCCAAACCGUUGGCAGUACUACCUCAGUCAGCUGCGGCAGAAAAAGUUCAAGAGAAUUAGGAAGUCAUCAUCCUACGACUACGAUGCCCUCGACCAAGCCAUGUCUGCCAGCAUCGAAGUCCUGCCUGAGGAACACCGAGAGCUCUACAGGGACCUCACAGUGCUGGAGAAGGACGUCAAAAUCCCUGCAAAGGUUUGUCUGCACCAGAGGAGCUAUGUCUGCAGGAUUCAUUUUGUGUAUUUACCUUUAACUGAGGUCUUCCUCCAGGUGCUUUCUGUGCUGUGGGACUUGGAGCCAGAGGAGGUGGAAGACAUUCUUGAGGAGUUUGCCAACAAGUCCCUGCUGUUUGUGGACAAUCACAAUAAACCCUACCUUUACUACCUCCAUGACCUGCAGCUGGAUUUUCUGGUGGAGCAGAAUCGCACCCAGCUGGAGGUAAGUUUGAAUGAACACGUUUUCACAACAGCUGAGUAGUAGUGGUUGUUAGAUGAAGAUUGAGCUGGUUCUAUGAAGCAAGAUUUGUGUAUUGCGUGGUAACUUUAGGGUUAACUCAAGAUUUUCAGUACAACAAAGUUAGUUUUCUUCUUACUGAGGUUAAUUUCUUCACUGUACCUGCAGAGACGGUGAGGUUCAUCGUCUGAUCAUGUUUUUAUUUCAGAGCCUUCACUCCAAGGUGGUGCAUCAGUACCAGGAACACUACAGAGACGGUCCUCCCACAUCAGGAGACGAGGAAUGUCUCUACUGGAUCAGAUUCUUGACCUACCAUAUGGCCAAAGCCAACAUGGCCCAGGUACCACCCACACACACUCACACAUUCGCAUCACUCUAUGUAUUUCUGCCUAUGAUAAAUGCAUUUUGAAACUAACAAAGUGAAUUUUUACAGAAAUUUUAUGCUUUUUUCCAGCUCAGUGUCUUUCUCCUCUCUGAAAUGUGUUUUCAUGUACUUCUAGGAGCUUCACUCACUCCUGUUUUCUCUGGAUUGGGUCAAAACCAAGGCUCAAAUCAUGGGCCCAGCUCACCUCAUCAGUGAUUAUAUGGAGCACGGACCUGUUCUGGACAAAGAGGUCAGCACACAGCAAAACUUGAACCUUCUUUUUAAGUGUGUUUACAUGGUGAGCCAUUACAUAUUAUAACAGUCAAGGGUGUCUCUCAUUUUCCUUGAACAGACUUUAACAUCACCCAGAUAUCUCCUCAGGGUAAAUGUAGAUUAAAACUCCACCUGUUUUUUUGUCCUUCCUUUCCCCCAAAACUCACUUUGAAUGACAAUUAAAGUCAGUUUUAUUUCCCCUCAGCUCAUUUGAUGAAAUAAUAAACAGAAUUUUAUAACACUCUGUUUAUUGCCUGUAUCCUCUGGACUUGAAAUUUUGUCAUUGCGAGAGGGCAGAUGCGAUAAUUGAAAUCUGGUUCUUUGUGCAGAAGCUAAUUAUUCCUUCAUCUGUUUUACAAGGACAAGCUGUCUGGAAUGUCUGAAAUGGGUGUUUGGUGCAUUAGCGUUCAUAUGUGUUGGAUUUAUGCACAGUUUUUUCUAAGUGAUUUAUGUAAAUGGAUCUUCUAUGUCUUUUCUUAGAAUAGUGAAGUGUGCAGUCAUUUCCAAGAGUUUCUGUCUCUGAACGGCCACCAGCUGGAGCAGCGUCCUUUCCCUGACGUGGUGCAGCUGGCCCUCUCCCAGCCUCAGACCUCAGAGGUGUACAGACAGGCACUGGUGCAGGCACAGGACCGAGCCAGCAGGGGGGGACUCUACUUUGACUGGCUGUAUGAAAACAAGCUGAUGUUGUGCUUACCAUGUUAAAUUCUGUUAUGAAUGAAGUUGAAACAAAGAGAUUUAUUGAUGAUUUUGAGCAUCUAUAUUUUGUUAUACUGGUAUAAAGGCUUUUUAGAUGUACAUCUUUAUUUUGCAUGUUUAUAUCUUUCUGUGUAUGGAAAAUAUUUCUAAAAAAAAGUGUUUUCACUGGACACUGUAAAAUAUUCAUGAGAGUUUUUAACAUCUGCAUUGAAAUAACUGAUGUCAGAUAUUAGGGAAUUUAUAAUCUGGUCUGUUAUUUUGAUCUUAAUUAUGUAAAAACGUUUUUAACUUGAUGUUAAUUUGUAUAUAAUACAAAGACAAUGAUCAUAGACUGUGUGUUCUAUGAUGGAGUGAAAUGUCAUCGUCAUUUUCUGUCCAGGAAUAAGGGCAGUAUUGAGAGUCUGUCCCGUCUGGUGAUCCAUCCCCACCAGGGCUCAAUCUACUCCGCCUGCUUCUCUCAUGAUGGCACCAAAAUCGCCUCCUGUGGAGCCAGCAAGACGCUUAAGGUAUCAAGUCUGACUUGUUUUGGUGUGUUUGUGUAUCAUAGUGCCUCUACUUAUCAUUCAUCCUUGAUCAAGUCUUUACAGACUAGUUUCAGCAUUAAAGGGAUAUUCCAGCAUAAAAUUAAUUUAGGGUCAAACACACCAUAACAUCAAGUUAGACACCCCUUCGAGAGAUGAAUGUUGCUGACUGCUUGCCUCUCUAGUUAUACCAACUUUAGUUUAGUAACGUAAAUACUCAGAACAGCACCUAACUUCAUCAACAGUACAUAUGGGGUCCUAACCACAGCACUAGCAACCGAACAUCUUUUUAGCUUUGCCUAAUUUCUUUACCAAAGAGACUAAACACAACUCACCUACUCUCUUCCAGCAGCCGCUUGUUUGUAGUGAGACCUUGGGCCAGUCCAUUAUGGACUGCAGCAGGGUGACGCAGCUCAAGAAAGAACAUUUAUGAUCAUUUCAUCAUGGAAAUGCAAUUAGACCGAGACACUAAGGCAGAAGAACUACCGCAUCUGCAGUGCAAAAUAAUUAAUAUGGUGAUUAUUAUUUCAAGGAAAUGAUAAAGGAAUGAUAAUAAAUGUUCUUCCUUGAGCUGCCCGGAAUUACCUAAAUUAUUUUUUUGUCGAAACAUCCUUUGAAAACAGCCUGUACAGCACUUGAAUUGAAUCAACAUGUUGUUGUGUUCCUUUUUUUCACUCAGGUGCUUAAAAGCACCACAGGUGAGAAGCUCACAGAGAUCCAGGCCCACGAUGAUGAGGUGCUCUGCUGUGCCUUCUCCCCAGAUGACCGUCUUUUAGCGACCUGUUCCAGUGACAGGAAAGUGAAGGUGAGAUAUCUCUCUUCAAACCGAACAACCUCGUCUUGGUCUUGUGUCGUGUCAGUAAGUUGAAACUUUGUCUCUUAGGUGUGGAACUUGGAGCGAGCCAUGCUGUUGAGGGUUUUUGAGGAGGAGCAUGAGGAGCAGGUCAACCACUGUCGGUUCACCAACACAACACGGCGCCUCCUGUUGGCCACAUGCUCCAACGACAGGUUUAUGAAUGCCAAGGUCUGUCCUUGUUGUAACCUUUUAAUACUGAUUUCCUUGCUGUUACAUCUCCAGUUCAGCAGGAUGUUCUUCUUCUUUCUGCCCAUCAUUACACUUGUACAGAAAAAAUCAAAUGUAGCAAAAAGACUCUUACUUUUUCUUCUUUCUGUCUUUUUCCCCUCUGUCUUUCUUGCUUUAUGUCUCUGUUUCUACAGUUGUGGAAUCUCAAUAAGCCCUCCUCCCAGAACACCAUGUUUGGCCACUUUGAGCCGGUCAAUCACUGCUGCUUCUCCCCGGAUGACACCUAUGUUUCCACUUCCUCCAACGACGGCACCGUAAAGGUGAGAGCCAUCAAACUAGACCCUUGUAAAGCUGUUCCAUUGAACUUGAUUCAUGGCAGUGGGAUGCACGGAUUUAUAUUUUUGUCCUUUUUGUUUUAACCCCAGAGAAGUGGGUUUCAAAGCGCCGAUGGGAUAUGUCUGCUAUAUGUCUGAGUGUCUUUGUGUGUUUUGCAUUUACGCAGCUGUUUGAGGUGUCAUCUGCCAAUGAGUGGAAGACGAUCAACGUGAAAGGCAUGUUUGCAGAGAGCGAUGAAGAGGUCUUCGUCAAGUGCAGCACCUGGACUGCUGACAGCAAUCGGAUCAUCUGUGCUGCCAGAAAUGCCGCUCUGGUGAGCACUUUUGAACCCAAAACAAAAUCUUAAAGGGAUCAUUAUGUUCAAAUGAGGUGUGAUCGUUUGUCAGGUUGUAUCGUUCUUGUGAUUUAAGCGCUGAAUGCCUUCUUGUGCAUGUCUGUGCUUUCCAAACUUUAGCCCAGCAUCACAGAGUUCACUUUGUCCUCCGUGUCCUUGUUGGUGUCGUGUCGAUUAACUGAAGAAGGCACCAGAAGGAGGCUGUUAGCUAGUUUGUCUUUCAGAAGGUCUCCAGUGUUUGUGUGUCCUGGCUGUUAAUGUGUGCACCCUCCUUCUUUCCUGGGUUUUCUAAAAAUCAGUCAGUCUUGUCCUGUAAUCAGUCUGUCUGUGUCCUCUACAGCUUUUCAUUUGUAUUCUGAGGAAGGAUCCAAACUCCACAGAGAUGUCUGCGCUGCUUUCUUUGGCUUUAAGGAGAAGACAUAUGAGAAUUUAAUGUUGCCCGUUUGCAUUAGUGUUAAACAAGUCGAUUUUGUUUUUGGAGCACACAAUAAAAAUUAGAUUAUGAUGCUUUUUACAUUAAAAGAUGCAACAAAAACAACGGGAGCCAAAUGUGGCUUACAAAGAGAGGGUGAAGAGAGUGGUUUGGUCGUUUGUGUUGCUGUAUUUACUUUAUUGGCUCGCUGUCCUUCCUUUUAAGUUCAAUAUUUGUCUUCAGUUCUUGGAGUGUUGGCAGGAAUGAGGCAAUUCUUUAAUCCCAAGUUUACAAGUUCCAUCCUUCACUCAUUUAAUGCAUCAGAGUUGAGCAUUUGUUGACCUUUUUGUCCUUGUUUCUCAGGUGUUUGACGUGAAGACAUCAGAAAUGUUGUUCGAGAUCAAAACUAAUCGUCUGAGUACAGUGCAGUACUGUCACGCCUGUCCUACCACGAACCUCCUGGCCAUUGCAUAUUCAAACUACGCUGUGGAGGUAAAACACAAAAGACAUCUCUUUCUUUUAUAUGAAUGUGUCUGAAAGAUCCUGUGUAUAAAGGAGUGCAGUGUUCCUCAUGGUGGAAAUGUUUCCAUUCAAAAUACUGGUAGCACACACCAAACGGGGAGUUGAUUAAAUGCAUUAACGUGAACUUAAUGUAAUCUGAUCAGUAAAACUCUUCUUUGAUCGAGAAGCACCUAUUGAUCAUGAAAGAAGAUCUUAUGUUUGUCCCGAUCUAACAUUGAUAUCGGAUAUCGGUCUGAUAUCAACAAAUAAACAAAUAUUGGAUUAUAACUGCCUGGAUCUAAAAUCUCAGAUAUCAGCACUCUGAUACAAGCAGUCCAUUCCAGACUCUGCUCCAGCACCUCGAUCUAGCAGUACCUGGAUCCAGUAUGCAGAGCCCAUGUAAUCACAACAACAGUGUGUACUAAGGUACAAAUAAAGUAGCAAGGAGUAGGAGUGAUGUCGGCCAUGUGGCAGGAUUUUUUGUUUAAGUCCAAAAAAGACAUUGCAGCUGAGUGCAAAACUUGUCAUGCACAAGGUUGUGCCAAUAUCAGAUCAACAUCAGUAUCUGCUAAUACUAAAGGCUACAAUAUCAGUAUCGUAUCAGAAGUAAAAAAGUUGCAUCGGGACACCCCUAAUAUUAUAGCGAUUCAGAGAAGAGAAAGGGUUAUUUUGUGUCUUCAAACAACAGCUGCAAAGCAAAACAUAAUGCCAUCAAAAAAGCUGACUUCAUACCAUAUUAAUGUCCUGAUAUAACAGAUUCUGCAUGUGUUUAUGUCCCUCAGCUGUGGGACUUGGAGUCCAAUAAGAAGAUGGCAGACUGCAGUGGUCACCUCAGUUGGGUGCAUUGUGUUGAGUUCUCUCCUGACGGCUCUCAGCUGCUCUCCUGCUCUGACGACCAAACCAUCAGGGUAAGACUGUAACUCAGUGUGAGUGAUGCAUGAGUGUAUCAAGCUCAGACCAGCACUGUUGGUAGUGCUGGUCUGACUUCACUAAUGGAAGGGCUGUCAUGAUGUCACAUAUCACCUCACGAUUAUAAUGGCCCAAACAAAGGUAUUAUUGCGAUUUAUAUUUGGAGGAAAAAGAAAAAUAAAUAAAUUAAGGACUAACUAUGUGACUAUAUUUUGUCUUCACUAGCCCUGAGUCAGAAACUCACAAAGACACAGCCUCAUAAAACAAUAGUUGUUAAGGCUUUUAUUUUGGCAUUUUAACCUCUUGCAUUUAGGUUGCUUAUAAAAAAUAUGCUUUUAUUUUGAAAUGAAACACAUACUUCUUCCAGUAUAUUGUAAGGCGCAGAAAGGAAUGCAAACGGCUAAAAGAACCAAAAGUAAAAAAAAAUGUUCAAUUUAAUGGCCCCACUGGAGACACACAAGACUGUUGUUUUUUUUAGCACAAUAUCAAUUAAAGUAGGUGGUUGUUACUCAUACAGGCAUGAUGCGGCAGCCUUCUCUCUAGACUAUGACUGAUUAUUACAAAUCAGCUAUAUAGGUUUCAGCCCCUUAAAGAGGGGCGCAGAAGACCUUCAAGUGUAUUAAUCCAACUGCACUUUAUGCUGUAGGAAUAACAAUGCUGUAUACUUCACCAAACAACUGGGCCACAACACACACGUAAGCACACACAGACAAAGAGCACAUAUACUGUAUGAUAUACUGAUAUAUGCUGCUGUUAUUUGUUGCCUCCACAGUCCUCUACCAGUGUUUUUGCAGUGAGGUAAUAAAAUUACAAGUUGUAAACUGAUUUGUCACGAGUCAUUGCUUCCUUAAAAAGCACCAUGUAGUAAUAACAGCCUGAAUAUAAUAAAGUAAUUAUAUUAAACCUCUGCAGUUUAACCUUUAGAUGGCCUGCAGUCAUGGUCUUUUGGUCCAGAAAUGAUUUUGUAAUAUAAAUGAAAGCCAUCAAUGCUGCAGAGAGAGCUUUGCAAUCACAGUUCUUAUUUUUAAUGCUUUUGGAAGCAGUGUCUUGUGGGUUUGGAUGAUUUUGCACAGUAGCUUGGCAUGUAAAACUUGACACAAAAGGCUCUUUUCAAUUCGAGUUACUUAGUAAGAGUAGUAAAAAGUUUUAAUAUACCGGCAUGGCAGAAAGAAACUAGAUCCAUUUUCAAAUCAUGCACAUCUCCUAUAAAUGAAAGUCAUGAUUAAACUGACCCCUCUCUGUUUAAAGUCUUCCCUAUGAGGGAGGGGAACCUUCCUCCACUACUAUGUCAUUUCAUCUUUAUUAUUUCAGUUUUUUAUUCACAGACUUCAACUUAAAAUUCAGUUUGAAGAGCCAGACAAAAUAGAGUAGACAGAAUCUGGUGACUUAUUUAUUGCCGGAGACAGUUUAUUCCUUAUUUGUCUCUGCAGCGAAAUGAUUUAGAGUCAGAUAACAGAUUAAUCAGCAACAUUUGUCAUGUAAUAAGUCAAGUUUGCAGCUCUGAUGUUUCUUUUCUCCUCAUGCAGCAAAAGUAAUGUGUGAGGAAAAAACAAGGGAAGUUUACUUAAACGCCUUCUCUCCUCUUCCUGCUUCAUUGUCCUUGUAGUUGUGGGAGACAAAGAAGGUGCACACCUCCUCAGCUGUCUGCCUGAAAAGAGACUCUGAUGUUCUCUUCAACGCGGAGGAAAUCAUCGUGUCAGCUGCAGACAACUGCAACCGACUGCAGGUGAGCAGGAGUGGAGAGUGAGGGGGGGAAGCUGAGAGAUUAAAUAACAGCAGGCAGAUGCAAAUAGAUUACAAAGCGAGUGUGUCAGGUGAGUAAAGAAAGGAAAAAUGUACGUGCUGGUGUGUUGUAGGUUCGUGAAGGCAGGACGGGAUCAGUGUUGUUCCAGUCAGAGGAGAUGUCCUCCAGGAUUCGGUGUACGUGUAUGUGCAGGCAGCCCCCUGCUGUGGCCUUUGGACAGGAGGACGGUACAGUGCAGGUAGGGAAUCAAAUUAAACCUUUGAUACAGACCGAGCGUGUUUUUGUAUUUGAAUCACCAACAACAUGGGCUUUUAACCAAUCAGAAUCAAGUAUGAAACAGAACUGAAUAAUGUAAAACCCUUUAGUGCAGCAAAUCAGACCUCAUACAUUGAAGUUUUUACCCUUUCAAAAUAAAGAACUUGUCAGUGAUUUUGCUGAGUAAGGCCAAUCACUUUUAGAUCCUCUGACCCUCUUUAUAAUAGCGAUAUUUUAAUGGAUGUAAGUAAUCUUUAAGUUAUUUGGUACAUCAGUGCUGCAAAGUCAACUGAACAGUUUCUACCUUAUAAAUUGUUAAACUGCUGUUGUGGUUGUUUUCAGACCCUGUUGAGUCAUAGGUCCUGACACAAGCACUGUCGCCUUUUUUAUCCGUCCUGUCAGCUGUACGUCAGGUCGGCUCAGAGCUCCUCUUUCAUCUCUGUCGGCCUUCACUCCUCUCUGCUCUGCUUCUCCUCUAAUGUGUGAUCUGGAUUCCCGGCACUUUCUUUCCCCUCUUCUCUCCUCUCCUCUUCCACUGCUCUUUGUCUUGUUGAUAAAUGAUUGUUUGACCGUAAAGAAUAAGGUCGUAGGCAGUGUUGUGGCAGGUGUGUUUUUUUUUUUUUUUCUGUGUGUUUUCUGUCCAAAAAGAAACCCUUAAAAGAACACACACAUGCCUGCAGUCAUACUGAACCAGGCGGACACCCCACAGCAGAGAGCGACUCUAAUUAAUUAACAGAUCCUGCAGUGGUAAUGAAUAUAGAGGUUAAUGAUUUAAUUGCAGCUCUUCUUCUGUCCCGAGAGAUUUAAAAGGAGAGGAUUAGUGAAGACGAGGAGGGAGAGAGGCACUGUUAUCUAUCAGAUUCUUGCAGCUACUGCAGAACUGAAAGAAUUAAAAAAGUGAGAAGAAUUACUCUUUAAAGGUGAGUUGAGGUCAAAUGAGUUGAUCUGAUUUGAUGUCACUGCGACAUCAAAACUUAUUAACCUUGAGGGCUUUGAAUCAAGAGGGGACUUAAAGCUGGUACAUCGCUGGCUCAUCAUUUCUGAUACUGUGGUCUUCUUCUCCUUUCAGCUUCACAUUUAUUUGUUGACUUGACAUAAUUUCGUAAUUCACCAGAAUUCCAGGUGGUAAGAUGUCUUUUUGCUGAAGGGGCUAUCACAGAUAUUUCAGUUUUGGUGUUUUUUGGUUGUAAAAGGUUAUUAUAUAAAGAACACCUUCCAAAAUAUUGCGCUCCAGUGCACUACCAACACCCACUGCUACUUCAACAAUAAUUCAAAGUACAGUUAUCAUCCGUCUGACCAUAUCAGCAAAAGCGGAAUAUGUAGAAGCUUCAUAAAAGUAACAUUUGUAGUUGAGUUGUUGCAUUGGGUUGCAUCAGACUUUCCAGGUAUUCAUAAAAUUAAAGCUCAUUGGUAUAACAAUCUAUAGCUUUGAACAGAUUUAGACACUGCUGCUCUUGCCAUUGUACUCCCUGAAAUAAACACCAGAGGGAGUCCCAGUGUUACUUUGAGAUAUUACGGACACCAAUGACCACUGCAGUGGAGAGCCUUCAUGUCCCUCUCAAUCGAGUGAAAUUAUUUACAGCCACAAAAAAAAAAGAAGAAAAUGAGUGUGCACUGAUUUAUUUACCACAGAGCCAGUCGGACAAACCAGCGUUUCAAAGCUGGUCUUAAUAAAUCUGAGUUCAUUUCCAUUUUUUUUAAGAAAUCAGAUAAAUAAAUACAGGUUUUUUAUGAUUAAAAAGGGCAUUUGUGAGUGUGUUUGUGCGCAUGUGUGUGUGUAUUUGUUUUGUGGUAGGCAGCAGGACUGACAGUUCGUGAGGUCCUGAGGAGGCUCGGCUGCAGAAUGUGGCAACUGUUGACCUCUUUCAGGGGUCUGAUUGUAGCUGUAGGGCUUUACACAGGCAGUGUGAAGGUAUGGUAGGGAAAGAGGAACAUCUCCUUGUGUGUGCAUUUAAGAUCCUUUAAGAAAAAUCCACAUCUGGUCCUGUAUGUGUAGGUAAACACAUCCUGCAGUGCUUCAGCUGCGUGGUUUCUCCAGAGGUGGAAGCAUUUAAAAUAAGUGUUCCCUAUUGACCCCCCUCUACUUUAGCCGGCUUUUAUAUUUGCUUAUUAUGUUUACCAAACACCCUGAGGCUCUUCCCUGACUGCACCAUUCCUGAAAUCCUUGAGCCGGAUGUGAGGAUGUGUUAAGCUCUCCAAAGUGCUCUCUCCCAGGCUUUGAAAGUUCAGCGUCUCUGUCAGAUACGUGGAGCUUGACAAACAUGGUCCGCUUGCCCUGAGACUUGUUCUGUGCAGACAUUUAAACCUUCUCCUCUGAGAUGUAAAUAUUGUAGUGGCUGGUAAAAUCCCAGACACCUUGGACCUUUCUUUUGUCCUUUAAAAACUGCAGGUACUGUGCCAAGAUGAAGAGAACACGGUGGGGUUAUUAAAUAAAAUUGACUUGGUACUUCAUCUGGGCUGAUUUGUCCCAUUUAAGGAUAUAAAAUUUAUUUUUGGUUACAGUUCUCCAUUUAAUCCUAUCAGAAAUCUAGUGAGAUGUGUGUGCUUCAAUGGAACGUCACCUUUAAGGGUGUUUGUUCAAUAUGAUCACUUUGGCAAAGAGGAAAAGUUUUUAAAUGUCUGUGUGACUUUUAGCAAACACAUAGAUCUUAUUUAAAAAAAAAAUAGUGGUAGUCCACGGUGUGAUUUUUUGCAAAAUGAUCCAGUAUUUUCUUCAUUGUUUUACUUAAACUGUUGUUUUUGGUCUGAGUCACUCGCUUCAAGUACCUUCAAUGAUCAUUUGAAAAUUUCUCAUUGCAUCUUUAAUUAAGAAAGGCCAAAAAAGAGUGUAAUCAAAGAUUAGCUACAUCAUUAUGCACAAAGCCUGAUUACAAAACAUGUCAAUUUUGUGUCAAGUGGUGAAACUUAGUUUCUCCCAUUAGCAGGGCUGUGGCUCCAAUUAAUGGCCUCUUCUGCUUUGAUGCUUAAACUCAUGGAUAUAAGCCAGCAGACAUCCCAUAGCACACAUAUGACUGUAUAUUAAUCUAGAAAAUAGAAAUAUUGUAGCAUGAAGGCAGUGUCUAGAUAACUGGAAUCCAACCCUUGACCAGGACAACAUGUCACCAGCACAGGCAUGUGAAUGUUAACAUAGAAGGAAGACCAAUGCUGGUGGUGCUAGCUCUGCUAAUGGUAGCUGCAAUCAGUCAGCCAGUUUGAAGUCUUUUACUUUCAGACAUUUCUCAACAACAUGGUUUUGCUCAUCAGGUACAAUGCAAUGGAAAAAAAGGCUUAAAUGGAAGUCUGUCAUUGCAAAUACCACUAAUAGCACUCUUUUGAAUAUUAGAUUUUGAUAUUGCAAUAAGGGCAUGGUUGCCUUUGAUUUUCAAGCCUUCAUCAUACGACCUGCCAACCAGGAUAGAGAUGUAGCCAUAGUCUCUCCAUUAAAUGCAUUGUAAAGUGACUAUUUUUGUUUUCUGAUUGCUGAACGUGAAGCUUUUGGGAAAACAGAAACCCAGAUUCGAACCACCAUCGCAUUUAUUGGCAAUGAAUCAGAUAUUUGUCAAGUUUUCAUCCUGCUCACUGCUGAAUCCACGAGCCACAUCACUAGUAAGGUGAAAAACUUUCUUGAACUCACUCUUGUUGGAUUCUCUUUGCUAUGAUAUUUUUAGUGAUCCAAGACCUUUUGGGGGCUUCAGAAAUCUUCUAUACCCUCUGAAAAGCCAGCUUUGAAUGCUCUGUAAAAUAUCCCCAUCUUUAUGCAGAAGCAGCCAACCCCAGUGAAAAUGCAUGGUGACACUUUUUUUUCCCUUCAAGCCGAAUCUUCCAAGCAUCAAAGCUGUUUUGUUCUCCAACUCCCGCAGUAAUGUCUCCAGGGCUGUCAGACCCCCGGCAGCUUGUGGCAGCCUUGACCGGACUGAACGGUCGCGCUCAGAGGCCCCACUCUACUUUCUUUUUGAAGUGCUUAUCACCAUCUAGCCAGCAGCAGCACUUCACCUCUCCUCCUCAAUUACUCCCUCAAAAAUGUGACUUCUUGUCAGGAUUUCUUAUUAAACUUUCUGGGACACUUUCCCUCGCAGAGUAUAUCUUGGCAAACAGAGCUAUCAUUUGAGAGUUACAUAGAUAUUCUAGACAUGGGGUGUGAACUCUCUGUGACUUUUCGGUACAGCAGCUCCUCCACUGUGCUGAGUUUAUAUCUUUUCUUGGCCAAACACUUUAUUCGACACAAAAGUUACCCAUCCCAGACACAGGAGCAGCGCCACUCUUGGUUGAAACUUAAGCAUGUCUUGUUAUCAGUUGGCCGGUUGGUCCAAUUCUUUGGUCAAGUCAUAAUUCAACAAAAACUGCUUUGAUUGGUAUUAAAAUUCAGGGUCAGGGAUGUACUGAGUCGGGGCCAGUACCAGAUCCAUAAACAUAAGGUAACAACUGAGACCUAACAGUGCUGUGACAGCAACACUGUGAUUGAGUUUGAGACAGUGAAAAAACAUAUGGUAUGUUCUAUCUAAACAGGUUAGCUUAUGAGCUAAAGUUACUUAGCACAGAUGAAAGUUAAAACAAAGACGUUUAGCAAACUGUUAAAGCACACAAACCAGGUCAGAAGUAUGCGAAACUUUAGAAAAUUCUACCGUGUGAAAGGACCUUACAACUCAAAAUUUCUCCAAAUUCACUCGGCAGAUCAGUGCAAAAUUUAGUAAAAAAACAUUUUCUGAUUCCAAAUAAUGCUUAUAAAAAACUUUUGCUCUCCCAGACUGUUCAGCACAGGCUCAGUCAUUGUGUUAUACCCUGACUUUUGGCAUCAGAGGCUAAGUUAAUCCUACUUUCUUUUAAAACUUCUUUUCGGCCAUUAUAAUUAAAUCUUAAGUCCCAUCUGCUCACUCGCUGUAGGCAUGCUGUAUGACCUUACUGCAUUCAGUCAGUAGAGGGAGAUUUAAUUAUUUUGGUUUCACUUUUGUGGCUGUGAUGUCGUCCAUCUUUUGAAGCAGUCUUCAGCUCUAAAACCUCACAAAGCUGUUGCCACGUUGACAUCCUCUUCAUCUCCUCACUGUUUAUUUUGUAAACUGUUUCCUGUUUCUUCCCUCCAGCUGUUAGAAGUGCCCUCAGGGAAAUUCCUGGCUACCCUGCGAGGACACACUAAGACUGUCCUGCACUGCAAGUUCAGCCAGGACGGCCAAACACUCAUCACAUCCUCAGAGGAUACCACAAUAAGGGUAGGACUAACCUCUUCUCCUCCCUUGGUUGCCCACUUCCUCCUCACUUACUCUGCUGUCCUCUUCUUUGUUUUCCUCCUAUUCAUCACUGACUCCCAUAUCCACUCCAUCUUUUCCUGCCUAAUUCACACCAUGCUCUUUCACCUCCUCCCCUAACCUUUUUUAUUCUGUGCUAUCGAUUAUUCCUCCUCCCCAUCCCCAUUUCUCACCUCAAGUAAAACUGCUUGUACUGCUGAAUUGGGUUCCCUCACCUCACCCUACCUGUUACACUCUACCAGCUUCUCAGUCGACCUUUUCUCCUCUCCAUUCGUCAUCCCCCUCUCCUCUCCUCUCUCUUCCUCUCUCCCUGAGAUAGUUCUUUAUCUACCUCCAGCUCUUCUGUUGACUGUGUACUGCUAUCUGUGUUUGUGUGUGAGAAUACGAGUGUGUUUCCCAUCUUUACGGUCUGUCAACCCCCCUCUGUUCAUGCUCUGUUGCUCAUUUCCCCUUUUCCUCUCCCCCCCCACACUCUCAUCUCCUCCUCCUCCGUCUCCUCAUCUUGCCGGCAGACCCGUCCACUGCAGCACUUCUUCCACACUCCUUUAACGCAGCAUCUUGUUCCGUAUGCAUGCCGCUUCAGCCUGGGCCAUCACCAUUCCCAAACCGUCUGCUGCUCACUCAAAAGCUAUUCAGAUUCAUGCUGUUUGACAUGUGCUUUGAGGAAACGGGAGACUGUGAUAUUUAUUUAUUAAUGCAAAUGCAGAGUGAAUGUAAAGAGAUUGGAUGUUAGCAGGUGAUGGAUUGUGACCUCUGGAGAAAUGACGGAUUUAGUGGGAUGGAGAAAAGGUUCAAAGUUUCACACAGGGAGUGACUGAUAGGGUUAUUUUGCAUGUCCUGUCCAAAUCCUUGAGCUUAGUUGAACCCUCGCUGCUGAUCAUUAACCUUCAAACACACUGUUACAAGCACAUCCAGAGUUUUCAAUCCCCAGAUGCGUUUGCACAAAGCACACCUAAAUAGCAAGGACAUACGAUCAAAAGUAAAGCUCUACAAACUCUUCUAAGUACAACAAGCUCUACUCUCCAGCAUUUGUUGCAAUGAGUUCAUUGGCAUAAACUUGGAUAUCUCAGCUUUGUUUGGGAUUUUGAAGUUGAACUGUGCAUGCAAUGUUCACCCCACCAAAGUGGAACCUUUAACCUUUGCUGGACUUGUUGUGUACUGUAUUAUUUCCAUGAAAAGUGUAAAUAAAGAAACUCUGGUCUGCAUGCAGUAUAUCUCUGCGUAGGACUAUAUGGCUGUGGUAAAAAAAAAAAAAAAAAAAGUUAGUGGAAAAGUUAAUUAUCACUUUUUAUCAAUGGUGGUUUGGGGGUUUUAAAGUAAAAAAAAGGCCACAGAAUAAAUUAAAACCUGUUACAUUAAUUCCUCAAGACAUGUUUAAAAAGAAUUGUGGUUCCUGUCUGUGGGUCUGUCGCCCCCUGUAGGUGUGGAAGUGGCAGACAGAGGAGUGUAAGGUCCUGCAGGGUCAUAAGGAACAAGUCAGAAACUUCUCCCUGCUCUCCGACUCACCUGCUGACACCAGACUCUUGUCCUGGUCCUAUGACGGCACUGCAAAGGUAACACACACACACACACACACACACACACACACACACACACACACACACACACACACACACACACUCAGGAUUCAGCUACUGAAGCAGCAGCCAGUGAACCUAAUAAAAAAUCUCUCCUUUCUCUUCCUCACUACAAGAUGUGGGAUGUGGAGAGUGGAGAGAAGCUGCGCGACAUCGAGGCUCAUCGGGGAGCCAUCCUGUCCUGUCAUGUCUCACCAGAUGGAUGCCUCUUUGCCACCACCUCUGCUGACAUGACUGCUAAGGUUCAACAUUUACACACACACUCACACCCAUGAGACAAGACAUUUCUGUUAGUGCUGCCAGUAACAACACAACCUAUUACACAUGAACGUCUUUCCGGGAACCUCCAUCUGAACUGAUUAUUUACAGCACAUGCACACAUAUUCGUUGGAGGCAGGCUAGUUCCUCUGUCAGGGAGGCGAGAGACCUCUGAGAUUAGCGUGCAGCAGAUGGCCCCGGGCUUGGUGAGUUAGUUGUGGGUCACUCUGUCCUCGUACACCCACGUCCAGUCUGACUGUGCUGGCCUGCAAUCGACCCUCCUCCCUGUCUGGAGGUAGUUGUUGCCAGGUCGGCUUUUACCAACACCACUGUGCUCGACUUUGGUCUGACUUUGGCUCACUCAGCAGGCUGGAGAUGUUGUUUUUAACCUUUUCAGUGUACAGCUUUGAAAUGAUUGCUUCUCCUUGCAUGGCACACCCUGAACUGUACUGGAACUACAAACACUUAGCAGUCUGAGUAUCUUUGAGUGUUUCUGAAAAAAGGCAAGCUCUCACACUCAAUCUGGGCUACAAAAGUGAUCUAAAAACCGAAAACACUUCAGUCCUGCUUGGAUCAUCAGACCCCAUUUAAAAGGGUAUUUAUAAAAUCCAAUCAUGGAGCUAAAGCUUUAUUACCUCCUUAUCAUACAAGGUAAAGGUGUGUACAUCGUAAUUGUCUAGUUGUUCACAUUUGGAGUUCAGAAAUGAGAUUGUCAGGCUGUUUUUUUUCUCCAAAAAAUAAUCAAAUGGAUGUUUUUCCCCUGAAGGAAGAUGAAGAUAUUUUUUUCAUUCUUUGGUCCUCUGGAUGCUGGAGCAGAAUGAAGAUGUUUGUCUAUUUUUUUUCUUCAAAAACCAACAGGGCAGUUGACGUGUCUGGCUCUAACCUUUCACAUUUUCAUUCUGCAACACCACAACAAAUAAAACACUGUCUGACGAAGUGGGAUGCUUAAAGGGAUAUUCCGGCGUAAAAUUAAUUUAGGGUCAAACACACCGUAACACUGAGUUAGACACCCCCAUUGGGCAAAGAUAAAAAGAUGUUUGAUGGCUAGUGCUAUGGCUGGGACCCUAUACAUACUGUUGAUGAAGUUGGGUGCUGUUCUGAGUAUUAAGCAAGCGGUCAGUAACAUUCAUCUCUCAAGGGGGUGUCUAACUCUGUGUUAUGGUGUGUUUGACCCUAAAUUAAAUUUACGCCUGAAUAUCCCUUUAAGGAGUGGGAGUGGCUUUGCAUGCAAAGCGCUCCUGUUGUGAUGUCACCACAGGACAGUUGUGUUUCCAGUAGGUGUGGGACAGAAAUGAUGCAGGGGCUUUUUUUGCUUAAUUAAAGGAUAACUCAAUUAUGUAUGACUAUGUAAGGAAAAGGGUCUUCAAUGGAAUAGGAACUUACCAGUGUGUUGGAUAAUACAUAGUCUAUCUUGUAGACGUUUAGUGGAUCUAGAGCUACAGCCACAGAGUUUCACACGGGAAUUCAGAUUUGAUGGACACUUACAGUAGAGAAACAACCACUGGGUCUGCAGCCAACCUGGCUUCAGUCAAUGGACAUUAGUGAGAGAGAAUGUGUGUUUUAUGGAUUUGGCAGGGAUGAUAAUUUAGGUGUGUGUGUGUGUUGUGGGGCUGGUAAGCAGCCAAUCACAUAGUCCUUGCUCUCCAGACCGAGCAGAGGCUUUGGUAGCUCAAAAACACACACAAACACAAAGUCACUGAACUCCAUCCAUCCAGAGGUCAAACCAGAAAGGAUCAGCUGUGAGUGUUUUUGUAAAGUGCCGCAAAAGAAGGAGAAUUAUCUGUUCUGCAUACUUUUGUUCUUCCACCUCUCUCUCUUUUUUUCCCUUCUUUUUUUCAACUUUCUCUCCUGACCUCCACAUGGACAGGACCAUGUGUGCAGACAUUGUUAGCCGCCUGCCAAAUGAAGUGUCUAAUUAUGAGUUGUGUUAUUUUCAGUGCGGCGCAGGAUGUGACCGGGGUGAGGAAGAAACACAGAGGGAGGGAAGAGAAAGCGGGGAGAGAGAUAAAAGAGAAUGGACGAGAGACAGAGAGUAAAGAAGGGAAAUCCAAACACAAAGAGAGAAAGAGAAAAAAACAACAAAGGGCUGGAGAGAGCCAAGUGACAAUUUCAUCAUUUUAUCAUCAGGACAAAAAGUCACAAAUUUAUGAGAAAAAUUGUAAAAUUUAUGAGGAUAGUGCAAGAGAAAAAAGACAGACUUGAAAGAGAAAAAGGACAGAAACUACUUAGAAAUUUCAUAAAGCAACAAGAAAAUUUUUAAGAAAAUAGUUGCAAGAAAAAAACUCAUAAAAUUGCAAGAAACAGUUCAGAUCAAUAAGACAAAAAGGCUGUAGAUUACUGAUUAAAAACUUUUUAAAAAUUAAGAAGAAAAAACUUAAAUUUGAGGAGUGAACUCUUAAAUAAAGAGGUUACAAUCGUAAAUUUAUUGCUCAAUGAGAAAGGAGUCAUUCUCAUCAGCUACAGUUCAUCUCUAUGUAAAAUAACAUUUAAUAUUAGAGCAGCAGCCAGCUGCCUUUCAUGACAAGAAGAAAUGUGGAUCAUGUGCUGAAGUGACACUCUUCAGCUGGGGACAAACAGCAUUUUCAGGAGCAUGCACAGGCUCUUCAUCCUAACAGACUUAGUUUUUUGCUCUGGUUCUUGUAACACUGUGAUGCUGAUGUGCCAAAAGACUACGCGUGAUCAUAUUCAUGUACAUGAAUCCUCUUUAUUCUGUCAUUUUUUUGCUGUUGUUUUUGAAAAAAUGUAAGUUUUGUAUUUAAUUUUAUGCACAACUGAAGUAUUUUUUUUACCUUUUUCUUUUUCUCCCCAGUUGUGGCACUGCGAGUCCUGGCAGUGUGCCAAUACCCUGAGCGGCCAUCAGGACUGUGUCCGCAGCUGUAGAUUCACAUGGGACAGUCGACGCAUCGCUACAGGAGACGACAACGGCGAGAUUCGGGUGUGUGUUCAAAACAUUGUGGUUUUUUUUAUUUUUUUUUAUUUCCAUUUAGCAUUUUGGAUUAUUCAAUUAUUAUUGUAUUUCCUGAUAAAAGCCAAAAAUGUACAGGUAGGGUGAGUGGGAGGUGAGGGGAGAAUAAUAUAAAACAUUUGCAUUUCUUCAUAUCAGUUACGGAUACAAGAAUUCAGGCUCACUACGCCUGUUUUGCAUAGUCUAAAUCCCCCUCAACACUUCGCCUGUGUGGAGAAAGUUGACCCGGAAAGAGAUAGGAGUGGGAUAUUUUUAGAGUUCUGAAGAAAAUGAGGUAGUAAAGACACUAGAGAAAGAGUCGAGGGAGAUGUGCUCACACAAAUUUGCAUUAUGCUACUAGUGUGAGAAGUACAAUUCCUUAAACCGUCUAUUUUGCUGUGCAGCAUAAAAAAAGUAAUUACACCAGCAGUCAACAUCUAUUCCAGAGAUCUGCCCCUAAUUACACCUCAUCACUCAUUUAGAUAAAGUGCUUACUAAUGCAUCAUGAUUGCUGCAGUGCACAGAGGACGAGCGGAUGAAAGGAAGUGGGCAGGACUCCCUCUCAGAUUUGGGGAGUGGGUGUUGAAGGAGGUGAGGAGCUGUGUGAGAAGUUGCGAUGAAGAGAGCAGGAAGAGGAGGAGAUGUCUGACAGUGGGAGGUUGAAGGAGAGGGCUCAGGCUGCCAAAUUGGAUCCCUAAGGCUUUGGAAAUCUGCUUGUACACAAAAACACACGCACAGGCAGACAGGACACGCAGGGAGUGAAUGAAAAGUUUGACUGUGAGGGAAGGAGAGGAGAAAGUCACCCCGCGCUGCUCCGCUUGCAGCGCUGCCUCAGUCAACAAGGGGUUAAUGCCCUCUGGAGGCCUCUGUGCUGCUCUGCUCCAUUAUCCAGAAAUGGGCGAAUCCAUCAGAUCCAAUUACAUAAAGCACACUGAAAUUUCAACCCCUGUUUCUAUGGAAACCAAUGUGAGUCAUUCUGCACAAAAAGCAUGCCAAGCGUUAAAUAUAGCUGUACGUGUGAUGUGUCAUUGUCAAAUGGACGGGGCAUGUGAACAGUUGUGUAACAGCUGCAUUUGGCAUAAUGUGCUCUACUGGGGAUGAUUGAAUAAUAAAGCAUCUAUGCAUUAUAUAUGAAGUGCAUCGUGGGUAAUUUUCAUUUUAGCGACACACACAGUGUAGAGGUGCAAACUCUGCAUUUGCUAUGUUGUGGUUCUUAAAGGUCCAUCUUGACUCGAGUUGACGAGGGUCGUUCACCAAAAAUCUGUAUUACCAACACCAACUCAUGCACGUCAUAAUAGAAAUGCAUUGGUUGUUUAACAGAUGAUGGAACUGUUGUCGUGUGACCUUAAAGGGAUAUUCCAGCGUUAAAUUAAUUUAGGGUCAAACACACCGUAACACGAGUUAGACACCCCCUUGAGAGAUGAAUGUUGCCGACCACUUGCUUCUCUAGUUAUACCAACUUUAGUAACAACUGCAGGAUACCAAUACACAGUGGUCUGAAGAGCCAUAAACAAACCUCAACCAAAGAGCCACUCUAUAGCCACAAAUAAUGCUCAGAACAGCACCUAACUUCAUCAACUGCGGGGUGAUGCAGCUCAGGUAGAACAUUUAUGAUCAUUCCUUCUUGAUUUGGUGUUACGAUGUGUUUGACCUUAAAUUAAUUUUAUGCCGGAAUAUCCCUUUAAUAUGGAGUUUUGGUCAUACCAGAUAUUAAACUGACGUUUUGUUCUGGCCUUUAACGCUCCUUUAACACAUUACGUGAUUUUCAGACCCUAGACUGUGUGAAAACAUGAACAGCACAGCAGAAUCCUUAAAGUGAAGCCAAAAUAUGAAGAGCUCCCUCUGGUGACUGGCUGCUAGGAAUGGGAAUUGAUAAGAUUUUAUUGCUAUUAAUGCCAUUGUUGCUGAUUGAUCAUUAUUGAUGAGUUUAUCCCCAAAGAAGGUGAAGUCUCAUCAGUCAUUUGAAAAUGGUUUGUUUUUGUGAUGUCAGACCUCAAACAAACCACUGUGUUUAGAGUCACGUCUUUGAUCGGUGACACUUUACUGUGCCAUCAUUUAUAACCCAAAUAAUGACUUUUCUAUCACAGCUUUGGAACGUCAAGGAUGGCACUCUGCUGAGUAUUUAUUCACGGGAUGGUAAAGACGCCAUGGACUCACUGCACGGGGGCUGGGUGACGGAUCUGCACUUCUCCCUGGACAACUCUCUGCUGGUCUCGACUGGAGGCUACAUUAAGGUAUGCCUUACAUUUACAUUCAAAAUGGUGCCUUAGAGUCUGUGCUGGUUGGUCUGGACUCACGCAGAAAAAGACAGUUAGGCUGGUAGAAACAAAAAGAUUCCAGAGACAUCUUCUUAUUUUUAUACUGUGUUAUGUUUGGCACUAAAAUAGUGGAAGAUGACAGAAAUAAAGGAGUAAAAAUAGGCAAAAACUGUCAUCAGCUGCUCUAUGGUUGCUGCAAAAUUCAAAACUGCAGGGAUGAUUCUUAAGGUGUCCUGAGCUUUUGUGACAGAGUAAAUAAAUGGAAAGUUCCCAGAAAUGUUGGAAAUGGUUAUUUUCUUAUAUUGGAUGUAUUGGAUUGGAAUGUAUACAUCAUGGAUGCUUCACACAAGGUAGCAUUUGUUCCUAUGUCUGCUGGCAGAAUAAGGGCUCGUGAAGAUUGAAUGACGAAGUUCAAGUAGUGAUGACCUCUCAGACCUCCGUUUUUAUCUUGCAGUAGCUUCAAUACAGACUCAGGUAGAUGACCCUGAAUGCACCGUUGCUUCUAUCUACCCACGCUAAAACUCAAGUGUUUGUUCUAUCCAUAUGAAAUAACUUUUGCAAAGUAUUUCAGCACGGUUCCUCCAUCCUGAAUGAGACUUUUUAUUUAAUGAUAUUCAUGAGUGUGACAAUGAUACACAAACGCCCUGAUUCUACACUGUUGUUACAUUAACAGGACGAGCUCUGCAGUGGUGCAGGUUUACAUAAAAACACUCAAUACCUGAGAGAAUGAGAUCAGUGCCUCCUUGUGACGUGACUAGAAUAAUGCGUGUGUCUGUGUGUGUGUGCGUCUUUCUUAUUGCCUUUACUUUUACAAGACAUGGGGUCACAGAGCGGGCAGUCUGUGCUGCGCUCUGAUUGGCUAUUUGGGAGGCAAUGAUGUAAUCCUCCAGGGAGAGCAGUUCUGAUCGAUGAGGCUUUAUAUCUCAGAUUACUCCUGAUACUGUGCGAGUGUGUGUAGUUGUGAUGUGAGCGUGAUUGUGUGCGCGCGCCUUUGUGUAUACCUUCCUGUGUGGGCCGACAGAGAUGCUCCUGUGCUUGCUGCUGUUCAGACCUUUUUUAAAGACAGAUGGCCAAAAACACAGCAUCAUCAUCUUGUUUUCAGCAGUUUUCUGUCCGCAAGAUCGUCCAACCUGGACAUGAGCUCAAACAUCAUAAUGAGAGCCACAGAUCUAACUCUGUAACUCAAUACUGAUUGUUUCAUAUGAUUAAUCAGAAAAGGAGAUUUUCAUGAAACUCCUUGCUGUUAGAAGCCAUAAUUAGACCUCUAUGUCCGCUCAGCGCGGACAGUUUAAUGGUGAGAAUAAAAGUGCUCAUUGGGCUAUUAAAAAGACAGAUGAGGUGCUAAAAUGAAAGCCAGACACAGAAGCAUGACGUCAUGUGUGCAGAGAGAAUUAAAGGUUUAAUCAAUACCAAAGCCAAAAGCUGCUGAUGGCGGCGGCGCUGUAUUGGCCUGAAUAUUAGACGAACCUGAUCAUAUCGCAAUUUCUCCUUUUUAAGACUUAAAGGCGGGGUAGGCAGGAAUCUGUUAAAGAAGCAUCUUUUUUUUGUGGUGUAUGUACAAAAAAGCUUUUAUUAUCAGUCAGUAGCUAUUAGUUAUUGAUGACAUUUGGGAAUAUUACAAUAUCGCUGUGUUUUGUUACCUCUGUGUAGUCAACAUUUUAAAUUCUUUGUGGCCCGCUCUUUCUGACUGUAAACUAAGCCAUUCCCCACCUCCCCCAUCCUGAUUGGUUGUAAGGCAGACGCUGCUCCCCUGUGUCGUUCACGAGCCCAAACAAAAUUAGCAUGCUACAAUAUCGGACAGUAGAAACCAACCAGAAAGUACGGAAAAUUGUCUGAAUCCUCCUUUGGCCACAACUGCCAACACAAGCAAGAAAACAAAGUAAAUACUGGAGACUCUGGCGGAGUAACGGGCGCUUAAAAAGGAGGUAGACUAGACAAGAACUAAGAAACCGGCCAACAUCAGCAUAAACGAUGGGGGACACGUUGGGAUCUUACGGACACUGUAAACUUUCUGCUGGACAGGUAAACCGCUUUAACAAAGUAAGCCAAGUGUCUUUAACAGAAGCACUUCUUGUGAAACGGGACCUGCUGCAUGUUGUAGCGCUGCUAAACUGUUUACCUCGGGUCCUUAGAGUAUGUCACUUCAUCCUAGUUGUAGAAGUCCUGCAAACAUUGUUUUUUGCUGGUAGUCUUUUGGCAUCUACAGUAGCACCAAUACUUUUACUUUCACGUUGACUGGGUCCCAUUUGUAGUUAUUUGAAGUAUCUGAAGGGCCUCCAGGAAGAAAGAAAGAGGGGAGAGGAGGAGCUGAGGGGAAAACUGGUUGGAGGGUUAGUGUUUACAUUCAAGAUUUCUCCCAAAAACUUCCUCAGAGCCUGCCUACCCCACCUUUAAUUUCUCAGAAAAAAAACAUUUAAUACCUUCAAUAUAUCUCCUACUUUUUUGCUGGUCUCAAGCUGGCUUUAUCGGGUCAGCUGAUCACUGACACACCCUCUGAUUGGUCAACUCACCAAAACAAAAUGAACAAGAUCAUUCUAAUUUUAGUAUGUGAUAUGGUGAUAUUAUUGUUGUUGCUGUGUAUGGUGAUUCAGUAAACAUUCAGCAAGUGGUUAAAGUAUCUUUGCUGAUCCAUUGAUUUGCAUUCGUGUUUACUGUUUUCUAAUAAUUUUUCAAGUUUUACCCUUUAAAGGUGAUCAAAGGGAAACUGUUUACUGCUAAACCCAUCUGUUUUCUUAUCUGAGCUUCUACAUACAGCUCUCCUUAAUGAAGUGCUCAUCAGCUGGUUUCAUUUCCUGUUACAUCAUUAUGACACUCAUAAUUACACCGGUAGCAGACGAGCAGAUCACUCUAUUACUCUGCUGCAUGGAUUUUUUUCUCCCCCCCCGUCGGACAGACAUGUUGAUUUGAUGGAUCAGCGAGUAGAUAUGAGGAGCUGUGAUGGAUCAUUAAGCCAGUCUUAAAGGGUGACCCCCUCCUGAGACGAGAGCUUUGAUUGAUUAAUUGUACUGUGUGUCAGCCGGACAGCUCUGAGAGGCCGUUGUGUCUGUUACUGUAAUUACCUCGACAGAGAGAGUACAUCUUAUGAUAGAUGACACGGACUGAGAGUGAGAGGGCAUGAUAAUAAUCUGUCUAUUUUAACAGCUAUUGGAAAAACAUGUCAACAUGCUAGUGAGGAAAUUGAUACUUUAACACUCUCUGAUACUCUGGCAGUGUCACUUCUUUUAGAGAUGAAGGAGUGUGAAUGUAAAUAUGAAGCAUAUGAGUGUGGCUAAAUUCAGUGUUUACACACAUCUAUAAAUGAAAGGACAUCAUGGAGUUUUAAGAAGAUUUUUCUGUCAGUCUUGGAAAAAGUCUUGGCAAUCGUCUGGAUGUCCUCAGAGCGGUAUUUGGUUUGUAUUCAUCCUCAGCUGGCGUAACUGGAGAAUUUCAUUAUGAGGGAUCAGUGGGAUUGUAUUAAAUGUGCAUUUGGAUCAUAGAUGAAGACUGAUUGUUAUUAAAGUUUGGCUUGAAUGCCUGAAGCUCUCUGAAUGAGAGCUUCUCUGUGUUAUACAAACUUCUGAUUAUCUUUUAUUAUGAAAGUACAGAUGUCGUAACUUAAUUUAAAAAAUGACAAAUCAUAUAAAGUAUUUUUAUUUUUUACCAAUUUAAUUUUUAAUACCAUACUUUUUUGUCCAAUUUUUUACAUAGUUUUUUCAAUUUUUUUAAAAAGUUUUUUAAGUCGCAGUGUUUCCAAUAUUAGCACUUCUUCCUCCACUUCUUCUCCCGCUGCAUCAAAAGAAAGUUCGCAUAUAGCAGGUGAGGACAGUUGAGUGUCCAGAGUCUACAGAGUUGAUGGAACAAAAGGGAGCAUAAGCAUCGCGCCUGUUUGAUGAAAAAGCCAAAAGUCUGAAUCUGGGCUAAAGAUUUUUGUGUCUGUCUUAUGUGAAGAGUCGACAUUUUUUAUGUGUGUUUGGUUUGUUACAGAUCUUCUGUGUAAAAUAUAGAUGAUUUUAUGGAUUUAUGGAAAAUAUGUGUGGUUACAUUAGAUGGAGGAUUAAAACCUAUGUUUAACAACGUGUGAGUUCAGGCAAGCCGCAAACUCAGAUUUAGCCCACCCACAGCCCAUCAGCUGAUCUUAUCACCUGCUUGGGGUUCUUUGCUUUAGAUUGCAAAUAAUAAUUCUCUUAGUGAAAUGGACCUAGCUGAACUUUAUUAGACCACAUAAAAAAACUGUGUGAUCUUAUAAAGAUCCAAAAGCACUCCCUAAAGCUUUAAACUUUUAGGAAAUCAAAAUGUAAGAAUGGCAAACCCUUUUUUGUGAAAACCAGCAACAUAACCCCGUGUCCUAACAACAUUGCAUUUGCCAAAUUUGCAAUUCUGUUAUGUCAUGCCAGUGAUAUUAUAAGUGAAGGCGUAACACUAAUAUCUACAUUUUGUAAAACAAGCUGACAAGCUCAAGUUAGCAGAGUGUCAUUGAUAUGUAAACAUGUUUUUUUAACCACUACAAAGAAUUCUUUAUUAAUGUUAAUCUUGAGACAUUAAAAUCGUUCCUUUCUUCAAGAACUGAUCAUUCAGACAGCCUACUUAAAUCUUUAUCUCUAUCUCUGUAGCUGUGUGAAUGCUGAGACAGUAUUCUUGGAGGAGAACUGUUGAGAAAUAAAGACAAGCAGAGCAGUAAAGGCAUGUUUGUGUAAAGUGAGCCAGUGGAGGUUUUUCAGUCAUCGGAUCCUCUGUGAUCCGCUGCUCUAAACAUUAGAAGCUUUUCAGCCGAACAUCUCAGUCUGCUGCUCCUCCUGCUGCCGAACUCGAUGAUGAUGAUGACGUUAUUGGUUGGAGACUGGAAGACGAGACAGCGGGUGAUUUUCCCCCCAUGGUCCCCUCUCAGUUGAUGGGUUGAUAAGAUGCAGUCUGUUGCCUGAGGGGUCUUGUUUUCUUGUUUGUCCCUUUAGUUUAUGUCAGCACUCCUGCUCUAAUCACCUCUCAAGCCCUGUAGUUCCUCUCCAGUUCAUCCUCUCAUUUCCUGUCUGUAUGCUUGGAUGAAUGUUGUCAGCGUAAUUAAAAGCAGCAGGUAAUUGUGAGGAUUAAUAAGUGCUUGUCCAAGCCCCUAGUGUGUGUAGCUACCUGUGCAGAGUGUUUAAUUAAACCUUUUGUAUUCCUCUUUCAUUUUAACUGAUAAAAACCACAACAUAUGGACUUGUAUUUGUGCAUAAGGUUGUAAAAUUCAAGCUAAUGUGCCAAGAGGCAGAUGUGUGUGUGUUUCUGCGAGUGUGUGUGUGUCAGGUUUUGAUGAAGUGGCGCAGCUCAGCUCCCCCAGAGUGCGCCUGUUACAUUCUGCACUGACUCCCAUCAGUCCUCCCUCCCACUGCUCCGGGUCCUGCCAGAAAACGCUGUACCUGUCUCACACCUGGCCUUGAUACUCACACAUGCCACACAAAGGGGGCACAAACACACACACACCCCAACAUACCGGUGACACACUCUGUCACAGAGCCAUGAUCCAAGAGGGAGGCGGCAGGUGUGAAAAGGCUCAUUCUGACUGCACAAGCGCACGCUAACGCCCAGCGGCCCUGAAUAAUUCACACCGAGGCGUCAUGUCGCAGACAAAACAGCAAAAGUUGUUUUCCUUAUUACCGACUCGUCUUUGUUAUCGGAACUAUUUUUAAGUUGUCAAGAGUAACUCAUAUUCAGACGGGUAUUUACCGUGGAGUAAAAACAUGAAAGGCUUGUCCUCAUUUCCUCCUAAUCAAUGUCUUUGGGUGCUCUGGAGCUUUGUUAGAUUUACUGAUUGAGCUGUCAAAAAAGCCCGACUGAGGUAGCUGUUACAGUCUGUUUAUCCGCCUAUAUCCCUUUGAUUUAUUCACCGAUGGGUCCAUCAUACUGCUCUUAAUCCUGGAGAAAAGGGGUCAUUAUUUGCAAGAAUUUGAAGCUAAAUUCUUGUGAGAACAGUGUGAGAAUAUCUUGUUAAGUUAUUGUUUUACAACCAUGAUCUAUAGCAGGUACAGGAUGCUGUACAACAAGCAGCAGUUAAAGGGGGUUAUUAUGUAGCCAUGUUAAAAAACUUGAUUCUGAUUGGUUAUAAAAAACAUUUCAAGGUCUGCUCGUUCUCAGUAGCAGAUUAUUAUCCAAAAACAGACUUACCUCAAAUCACAUACUCUGGAGGACUAACUGUGAUCAUGUCAAUCCGCAGCAAGUAGUCCAGUUAAUUUGAUGAGAGUCCAUUUACUGAAGGAGGAAAACAGAGACAAACUCAGCAGGAAAAAACCAAGAGAGGUUAUUAGGAAAUCGCAGGUAAUGGCAGAGGAUUCUACAAAACUGGAGAUGGCAUAUGAAGUGGACAAUAAAUAGAACAUGGUGUGAGGUGUGGAGCUGCUAAAAGACCGAUAAAUGAAAAUGAAAAUGUCACAGAGCAUUGCUCCAUUUUUGAUUUGUAAGAGAGCUACCAUUGUAAAACCUGGGCUUUAAACUUAAGGCCUGUUUCCACAAGUAGCAUUCAAGUCUCCAGUCAGUUUCACUUCUCUAUCGCCUAAACUAAGACGGGUGAUUUUCCUAAUAUCAACUUUCAGCAACAAUAGUGGAGGUCUGUAGGACGGAGGACCUAACCACAUUCAUUUUUCAUUCACUUUCUGGGUGUAAAGCUGCUGCUGCGCUACAAUUUCUAUCAAGUAUAUCUGUGUUAUUAAAUUUUCAUUGAACAAAAGCAUCAAGAGGAUUUUGACCUUGUUUAAUAAAGGUUUAUUGAUGAUAAAAAAAAAAAAAAAACAUUUAAUUUGAUUUGAUAACCACAACUAAAGGAGAUGGAAAUAAGAUGUGCUCUGUUGUGGACUCUGCCCUCACAAAAAAUGCGGUUAGUGGAAACAGGCCCUUAGCAUGUCCAAUCGUUCACAUGUUAACUUGGAACAAGACUGCAGCUCCACUGUUGUUUCUUUUCUUAUUUUAUUUUUCCCUCUUUUUCGCUCUAACUCUCAUGUCAUGUUCACACACUGACAUUUACACACACACACACACACACACACAUGUUAUCAAAGAGUGUACCCCCAGAUGGAUGGGAGUGUUGUAUACGACUGUCGUCCCCUGCCACCGGCAUUGUCAGACAUCACUUAUCAGGCCGGCCCCUGAUGGAAGAGAAAGAGAGGAACACAAUUUCACCUUAUCUCACCUCUUUGGACUCCCCCUCUCUUUUCUUCUCGGCUUUUCUAUCACCUGUGUUUUUUCACCCUAGACCACGGACCUGUCCCCCCCUCUGUUGCUAUCUCUCUGUUUCACACCUUCGUUUAUUUUUGGCAGCUUUUCUCCCUGCUGUCAUUUCUCUUGUAGAUACCAGUGCCUCUUUCUAAAACCCCUCCUUCUGAACCUUUCCUCUCUGCGCUUAUGUACCUACUGAGAUUCUGCUCUUAUGAUAAAGCUCUCCUUUUACAGUAGGUUAGAUUACAGCAGUUUCAGACUACCGUACUUGGGGCUGCUUUCACCCAUAAGGUCUUGGUCUGUUUCCUUCCCUGCUCCCUCAGUCCGAGUUAUCAUCGUUAUGCGCGUCCUAACGAGGCCUCAGCCACUAAUGAACAGUUACAACCGGUCAUCAGGCUCAAACCGGAGCGAGAAAAGGAGGAAUGGGGAGAUGUGAUGAAAUGAAGGAGUGAAGGUUGCUCUGACCUUCCCUCUGGAGACAUUUGAUGGACAGAGAAUCUGUCAACGAUUAAAAAAACAGUUGUGUAGCAGUGAGAAGCGAGGGACCGAGGGAGGACAGGGUGGAAAGAAAAGCAAUCACCUCUCUAAGGGAUUGACGGGGUAUCAAGCAAGUCAAGAUUCUCGUAUAAUUAGAUCGACUAAGCCAUAAGUAAAUGUGUCUCCAUUUUCCCCUCGCUGGCAGAGACCUCAGUGAUUCCUCUCAAGGCCAAAUAUCCCUGAGUCCAUCAUUCGUCAUUCUUGGGCCAGGCUUACAUUCGCCUCCCGCUGCUUUUAUCUGAAGACUGUUUUCGUAUUUUAGAUGCCACGAACUUGACUACAGUUGGGGAAAAAAAGAAAACAACAGUGGAAGAAAUGUGUGUUAUUUUGGUAACAAAGUAUCACAGAUAUGUCAGAACAAAGAGCACUGAAGUACAUCAGCUUGUUAUAAUUAGCUGCUUUUCUAAGUGUGUCAGCUAAAGUUCAGGAAAAGUCUGCUUCAAGAAACAAAACUGAAUUGCUAAUAACCCAAACAACCCAGUAUACUUUUCAGGUGUCAGAUUUAACAUGCUUUUUUUUUUGUAACAUGGACUGCUACUUGGAAAUCUAGGACCCUGCCUUCUUCACACAUCAUUUUAGAUUUAUCACUUAAUCCAUUUGUGUUUGUAAAAAUGCAAGAAAAACAGAAGUAGAGCCUGGUUUAUACAGGAUUUUAGUGACCCAUAAACAGAAUACAGUAACUGAAAGGGGGAGGAUCAUACAUUUUUUCAGACUCUAUAUUUCCUUUCUUACAAAAGAGGAUUAGGACCACAGAAUUUUGUGAAUUAAAUCGAAAUUCAGAGAUUAAAGUCGAAAUUAUGAAAUUAAAGUCGACACAAAUAAAGACGAAAUUAUGUGAAUAAAGUCGUAAAAUUGAGAUUAAUGAUAAUAAAUCAUCAGCAUUGUCGCUUGUCACUCGACAACACGUCCUCUGUAGAAUUGGAUUCAGUAAUUAGGAAAUCCUUGCUCUUUAGCACACAAACACAGUCUGGUCAUAAGUAUUUGGACUCUGAAAACACUGUGCCAAAGAUUAUGAUGCAGAUGCAGGGUUAUUGAUGGUUACACGUGCGUGCUAUACAGCGAGGCUAUAGUGUUUUGCAAGAUGCAAUAAGACAAUUGAUCAAUUUGAUUGAUAGCCUUACGACUGUAUUCAUGACAUUUCAUCUUUAUUGACGUCAACUUUAAUCUUGAAAUUCUGAUUUAUUCACAAAAUUUUGUCUUUAUUCAUGUCGACUUUAUUCUCGAAAUUUAGACUUUAAUCUCGUCCCUGUAUUUUUUUUUCUCUUCAUGUGGCCCUUGUCCUCUUCCGUAGAUUCAUCUUUAGUAGCUUUACAGGAUUUUCAGAUAAAAAAAAGACUUAAAUUUCUCACAGUGGUGUAUUAAAAUGUCAUUAUUUCAGCCUCCGUGUGAAACGCUUUUGCACAUCAAUGACGUUCUGGCAUUUUCGUUUAAGUUUUGAGCAGUUUGCAUCUAUUUUUUAAUAUUAAGACAAAAUACGUUUACUUGAGAUUUAAAACUUUGCAUACAUGUAGUAUGGACGCGGAACGUUGUAACUUUGCAGUUUUUGUUGUAAAUGUGGAAAAGCAUGAUAUCCACCCUUGAAGUUUUUUUCAAUGUAGACAUGAAGCUUGAUGAAAUUUUAGGCGUUCUUGUGCACUUAAGAUAUAAAUAUAUAUGUACAUACACAUCUUUAUAAACAAUUUGACUCUGCAGGGAAAUAAAAUUUCUUAAAUCCUCUAAAUAUCUGUGUCCAAAAAUAAAUGUGUUUACAAGCUCAAAUGUCAAAGUUAUACGGUUUGCAGUUGAGCUGUAGGGUAGACUGUGUUUAUCCAGCAAGAACAAAAUAGCUCUUUAGAUAUCGGCCUGUUUGUUUAAGAAGAACUUAAACAGCAAAACAGGAACUGCACAUAUAAAGAGUUUUAUUAGCAAUCAUUUGUGAGCUCAAAAUGUCUCCAUUUACAUAUGCACUGAAGGUCUUUCAUUUCUUUCCCUGAAACCAUCUGUCAAAACACUGGUUCGAGCUUUUACUUUGACACUUUCACAUUCAGGCUGCAGCGGUUAAAGGAGAUGAAGGCAGGCUUUUAAAGCAGACCAGCUGUAUAAGUGACAGAUUUUCUGAGUGGAGUGGACGCUGCACAGUUCACCUUUUCACUGCUGUGUCACAGUUUUACAGCAUGGCUGACUUUGAGGAGCGUUUACACUGGAUUUUUUAUGCCGCUGGGUCUGAGUGUUAGUGUUAGUGUUAGUACAGGACAGGCCUGCAGCAGAGAUUUGACACGUGUCUGGUGCUUUUGCAGAAGAAGAUGUUCUGCUCUUUGCUGUUUAUUUCCUCUCACAUUAUACUUUUGUCUAUUAAUAUCUAACUGUUUUGAUCACUGUGUCAGUCUUUGUAGGAACUGAGGCAUAAGCUGACUCCUUUGUUUUCUCUUUUUGUUGUUCUUUUAGUGUUUCAGCAUCGCCUUACAGCAAACUUUGAAGACAUUUUUUCCUUCUUUUGUGCAACAAUAUACAUAACAAAGAAGACCAUCCUCUUUGAUAUUACUCCUGCUCUCUGUUGGCUAACAGGCCACUUGCACCCCUCGGCUUCUACUUUCAUUUUUGCAGCCAAGCCUCCUUUAAAAUUGGUCCGGAGACAGAAAUAACACGUUUUGAUGACUGCUGGAUGUCUUUGUAAAUGAGACAGCGUAGCAGGCCACAGCGUCUGGGCUCAAGCAGCGUUUGCAGUUCAGAUUUUACUCAACACUUUCCUUCUAACAUGCUGUUUCAGAAGUGAGCACCCUGUGGUGCUGCUGCCUCUAAAAAUACCUACAAAUGCUCAUAAGAUGCAGAACAGCGCCUUAAAGCACACUUACCUUGUUUCAAAAUCCAUUCUUCCAUCUAUUGUCAUUGUUUCCCCGUCUUUUCUUACUCCAAAUACUUAAAAAAGCAUAAUUCAACAUGCACACUUUCUUUUCCUGUAAUCAAAAUGCAUCCAGAGGAGUUUAUGCUCCAUACGAUCCUCGACAGUCUGCUUUCAUCCACAGCCAUUCACUCCCACAUGAGACAAAGCCAAGAACUUUGAAAAAGUUGAGCUCAGAAACGGCCGUGGCCUGGUUUCUGUGCUCUUGUUGUCAGGCUCGGGGUAUAAACACAGGCUGGUGAAAUAUUUAUCGGUCUCUGGGAGGCAGUUGUUUCCCCAGUGUUGCUCAUUAAGCUGGGGUUAAUUGUCUCUCUGGCUGGCGAAGGAGGGCCUCUGUGUGAAGAAUCACACCGAGAUGAAAUGUGGCAGAGUUGAGAUGGAAAAUCAGUAAUGGAGGGCGAGGGAAUUGGUGAUUGUGUACAUGUCUUAAAUACACACACCUAGACACACUCACUCUGAAUUUUCCAAUCUUCUUUUGUGUCUUUUCUCCUGGAUUAACAGACUGCAAUAAACUUUCUGUCCUUUUCUGCCUCUUUUUAUCUUGUUCUGUCUCUGGAGCUGGUUUUACUAAUGCCCUCUAACUUCACAGUCUCCAAAACUCGAUCUAUUUAAAGGAAUAUUACGAAUAAAUACACUCUUACUUAAUACACCCACAUUUCAUUUACAUCUAAAGUGAAUGAUUUAACAAUGUUUGCUUUCUUUUGGAAAUUUCCUGAAAAAACCCCCACAAAAUUAUACUAUUAAUUCAUAUAUUAGUCAAACCUUUGUGCAGGUAACGAGAAGCCCCUCUGACUGACACAGACGGUGCCUAAACGGCUUCAAACUUUACAUUUAAGACCCCCGUCUGUUAUUUUUUUCAUCUCUCAAAGUUCCCAAAGUCAGUAAGAGACAAGAAGUCUUGCUUUUGUCUCUUCUGUUGCUCCCGCCCCUGAUGUAGAAGGGCCGAGUCUCAAGUCCCCGAGUGUUAAAGUGUGAGUCAAGUCUGAGUCCCUGAUUUUUGGUUAUGUAGAUAACAUAUUUUUAUGAAUCAACAUUAGAUUCUGGCUGAUCCUGUUAGCACAUCUGUUGAUUUAAAGCUCCUAUAAGGAACUUUCUGGUUGAGUUGGGCCACAGCUCUCCUCAGGCGAUGCACUCAUUGAUUCUGCUGCUCGCGGCUCACCACAGGGAUCAAAUAACCUCAAACGGAGCUCAACUAUCAAUCAGAAUUUUUAUGAACCAAACAUCCAAACAUAUCUGAGCAGGGGUCAAGCUGAGCCAGAGGCCUGCCUUACUCUUAGCUUGUAGCAUGCGAACAGCGAUAGUUUCAACUGUCCAAGAGUGCUAACCUUUUUGUUUGUUUGUUUUGCGUUUCUGUUUUUUAUGCCUUUAUUCUGAAAGGAUGGGGAAGUGGAUGGAGCAGAACAUAUACCAGUGCUCGCUCAACAUUACAUAAAUUACUAGGGCUUCGUCAUGGAUAGAAAAACAUAAAAUAGUCACAAUAACAAAGUCCAAGCCCUCCUCUUUUUUUUGGCUGAAUACAUUUAGUGUGCAGGUUUGAAUUCAAGUCCAAGUCAAGUCUUAAAAAUCUGGCCCUGAAGAUCUCCCUCUGAUGUUUCUUUCUCUACAAUAGUACCUUCAUCUCUCUCAAAGGUUUUCUUUAUAGAUCUGUGUAUCCUUUUCUCUCAGUGCUAUAACAACCUCUUUAAUUCAAACCUGUUAUACCUCUGUGUGUACCCUCUUCUCCUUGCUCCCUAAUAAAUUCUCAUUUCUGAUUUCUUUCUUGCUUUAUUUCCCUCUUUCGGUCCCUCGGUUUGUAGGAAAAAGAAAACAGGUGAGAGAAACUCGGAAAAGACAGGAAAAAAGGGAAGAAAAGGAAGGCAGAGUGUGAGGGAGAGAUGUGUCGAGGAUUUUCUGAGCAUCAAUAUUUCAGCGGCUGGAACCUUGGAUAAAUAAUUCAGCCUUGGUGUCACGCUGUUUCCCCCCCUCUGUGAGACUCUUGGCCUGGUCACACACAUACACAAAUCCCACACUUUUCCCUCAGAUUUGGUCUUACAAAGUCAUGUGUAUCUGCUCCACCUGCUGUCUCCUUCACCUUGAUCCUCUCCCCCUCUGUUGUGUGCUGCAUUUUUAUAUAUAUCAAGUAUUUUAUGCACAUAAACAGCUUCUAUUCCCUUUGGGCUUUGCUUUAGAUCUAUUAAUGUAAGAAGAAGAUGAAUUACUUCCCCUGCACAAUUUCUCAAAGACAUACGGUAACGCUUGAAGCAUCAUUACAGUCCUAACAAGAACACACACUGACAGGUAUUCCUGCUAUAGAAAGGCUGCUGCCUCUCCCUCUGUUAGCCUGAUUAAGCAGACCUAUUUAGCCUCAGGAGAGCUAACGGUGAGUUUCUACUGCAGCAGAUUUGAUGUUCAUCUUCUCUUGGCUAGAAUGAGUCAGAGUUACUUUCAGUCUCAUCACACCCUGAAGUGCUGCUGACUGGCAUGUAAGAGAGCAUGACACUGAUAUGAGGCUUAUCAGAGUGUGCAGGAUGGUGUGGCCGUAAAGAUAAGGGUCCAGUGACCCCUUUUGUUUUCUGGCAUCACGGCUCCGCCAAAGCAGAUGGACAUUCCCGCUCUCUUUCCCCUGACUGAGUCAAAGCUCUUUUCUCCAAAUAAAUACCUUUGUGCUUUCAAAGCUGGUUGGAUGUAUUUGCUCUUCACAAACACAUGAAUGUGCAGUGAUGUGUGUGAAUGUGCUAAAACGAACAGACAGUAGCUGCGUUUACACGGGCACGAAUAACGGGAAAAAAGGCCAAUCUCAGUAAAAUGCAUCAUGAAAACAUUUUGAUCUGAAGAUUCUGAUCCAAUCAGCUCAAUCGGAAAGAAAUUGUAUUGCGAUUGAAAGGGGUGGUUUGUGCCGAUCGUUUGUCCGAAAUGCGUCCAUGUAAAUACUUAUUCCGAUCGUGACUCUCUUACCUGACUCGAUCUUCACUCUUUAGCCUUUAGCUUAUUUAUUGAGGCCAGUACAGAAGGUUUCAUUAUUAACACCCUGACAUAAAACACAACCAUAAGUACUGUGUCUGCUGCUCUACUAACAUAACAAGGUGUACUUACAGUGUAAUGAUGUCACAUCUGUACGUACAGUGCAACCUUUGACAGAACAGUUAAAAUAAGUGAGCAAAGGUGCCAUCUAGUCACAACAUUUAACAGGAGGGAACAUCCUGAACAGGACAGAGUGAGCCACUACCGUGUUUGUUGGUUUGUUGACAGCACAGGCGUAAAUGCAACUCUUCUUCUGCGGUUGUUUUAGCGAAAUCAGACAACUCUGCGCGUGUCCAAAUGCUUCUAAUCUGAAUAAAGCUUGGUGCAUGUAUACGCACGUCAUGAUCGGCUUAUUUGAUUUUGCACCCAUAUAAACAGUGGAUUCAGAUUAUCCGAUCCCUCAAUUUUUUAUCGGAUCAAGAAAUUUUGCACAUGUAAACAUGGCUACUGAUAUUUUGGUGAAUGGUGAACUGAGCGACUCAUUUUGCAACUCAUGAACAAUAACAGGAGCGUAGCUAAAGUCAGGGUAGUCUAAAUUCUGGAAUGAUGCAAUAGGUUUGAGAGAUGUCAAGUGUGUGACGGCAGUCAAAGUCACAUUUACAACACCUGACAGCUCCAAAUUUAAAAACAUGAACCAUGUGAACUAGUUCAAUUUAAUCUGUGUGAACGAGACUUUGAGCACACUUUCAGUGUGACCUUGUAAAGUCGUGUGUGUGUAUACUCACUGGCAACUUUAUAAAGUACACUGGUACAACCGCUCAUUAACACAAACAUCUAAUUAGUGAAUCACUCGGGAGCAUGUUGGCAAGUAGACAAGGUCAAGGAGAUGAGGUGAAGUUCUAACUGAGCACCAUAACAGAGAGGGAAGGUGAUGGUAAUUGGUGCCGGACAGUCUUAUCGGAGUCUUUCAGACGCUGUUAAUCUGCUGGGAUUUGAAUUUUACGUACAGCCAUCCCUCGACCAAGCUUUGCAGGAGAGAAUCUCCGAACCCAAAAUGUGUUCAACCUUGAAGCAGAUGGGCUACAGCCUCUGAGACCCUGCUGGGCGCCACUUCUGUCAGCUAAAAAACAGGAAACGAGGGCUACAAGUUGCUCGGACUCAACAAAAUUGUACAAAAGAAAUUGGAAAGAAGUCUCCUUGUCUCAUGAGUCUUAAUUUCUGCAGCAUCAUUCAGAUGGUUAGAUCAGAAUUUGGCGUUAACAACUUGAAAUCAUGAAUCCAUCCUGCCUGGUAUUAGUGAAUCAGGCUGUUAUAAUGGUGAGGGUGAUUUUUUCUUUUCAUACUUUCAGCUUCUUAGUACCACUCAGACAUCACUGAAGCAACAAAACUUACCUGUUAUGUUGUUGAUCAUGUUGUUGAUCUACCUACCCCUUUAUAUAAACAGUAUACCCAUCUCCUGCACCAUGCCACAAAAUUAAACCAUCUCAAACGGGUUUCUUAAUCAACAAAAACAAACAUUAUUUACACCCAAGAGCAAGUUAAGCAGAGUGAGGUCAGAGAGAGCGGUGACCUUUAUGCAGCCUUGUCACAUGACAUGAAAACAUGCCAGUUUCUUCUAAUUUUGUGCGUUCUGUUUUCUUAUUCCUCUGCAAAGCUAAAGGUCACUGGAUGCCUUUAGACCACAUAGAUUUUUUUUUUUUUUCUCACAUACAGUCUGAGUUUGAAAUUUGACAACAGUACUUUUAAUCCUGCAUUCUUGUUGGCCUUGAACUUCACAGAACUGAUCAAAAACCUCACAUUUAUGAAGCUGCCUUAUUGUCUAUGUGUUUACAGCCCUGUGUUAUGUGAUCUUUCUUUUUAGCAUCAGGCUUCGUGUCGCUAUUUUAGUCAUUUCUAUCUCUUUAAUCUUUAUGCCUGCUGGCUUUGUGUGUACUUUGAGAUCUCUUGUUGAUCGUUCCUUUGUGUGUUCUUUAAAAAAAAUCUUAUUUACAUUAUUUUUUUAAUCAUAUCUUUAAUGCAUUUAGGUCUUAUUGUGCCUUAAAUUACAUUAUUGGAGUUUUCUUUUGUUCCUUGCUUAAGAUUUUCUUUUCUGCACAUCACACAAUGAAAGAAAACUUUUAUAAUCAGAGAAAAACAAACAUUUUUUUAUAUAAAGCUUAAACAAUCAUGCCUCUGAAAGCCAAAAGCAAUCAUUCUGCAUUAUUCCUUCAUCCUGGUUCGAAUUAAAUAUAGAGAACGCAUAAUGAUAGAGACACACUCCAGAUAUAAAAUGCAAAUUAUCGCCUUCACCCUUAUAUCAAAGUAUGUUUUUAUCAUGCCUUUGCGUGUGUCCCUCUGUGUCUCAUAUCUUCCUUGCAUUAGUAUUCCCAAAACAUGGAGCUGCGUGUUGUCAUAACAUUCCCAGCCACUUCUGAGUAAAAAACCGAGACAGUCACACAUAUACACGCGGUAAACACACCCGGGGGUAUUGUCCUCCUAACAACUAGAGCCCAGAAACACACACACACACACACACACACACACAUACACCCUGUAUCAUUAUUAAACGUCUUAUCGCAUCACUAGCUUACUCAUAAAUCAGCGCUUCCUCAGUGGUGGUGUUGAUAUCAGCACAUCUGCUCUUGGGAUAUAUGCUGUUACACACACACACACAUACACACACACAAAUGCAUAUAAAAACACACAAGAGACCAAACCGUCAUUGGAGGGGUCUUAUCUCAGCUGCUGUUGUGAUAAAUAUGUUUGGGUGUUUUCAGCAUCUUUGUAUCUGAAUUUCUUUGCUGCUUCUUCUGUUCCUCUUUUAUCUCUUUCUGCUCCCCUGUGCACACCUUUGUCAUCGCCUUUUCUUUACCUUGUGUUUAUCUUGAAUCAAAGAGAUCUCACUUCACUUUAUAAAGAGGUAUAAAAAUGCACGCCAUGUCGUCUAGUCCCAUCCUUGCACUGUGGUAAAAUAUUCAGCAUAGUGAUUUUUCUCACUUUUCCCCGCCUUUCAUAGUCAAUCCACUCUCUCUGAAGCUAACAUCAUUUUUUACACGUUCAAUCCACACGUCUCCCUCCGCCAACUGUCUUUUAAACAUUUAUCCUGCAACUGCUCUCCUCUCCACGCAGCUCUAAUCCUUUUUUUAUAACCAGUCGGAGUUUCGAACGUGUUUACCCCCUCUUCUGCUCGGUUUCGUCACGGAGUUUCAUCACACGUCUGUUGCCGGCGUUUGUCAUGGGAUUCGGUUUUGUUGUUCUUCGACUCUUACUUGUUCUCUCUCUUCGCCUCAGUCUGUCUGUUCGGCUGUUUAUUUCUGCCUUAAUAUGCGAGUGUGUGUGUGUGUUUAUGUGUACAGGCAGCUCAGUGUUAUUUCUUUGUUGGAGCUGUCAGUGUUUUGGCGGCCUGCAGCCAUCUUCUCUUUUUAUUCAGAUGCAAUUACUCGUAAACCAACUGUCUCCUUCCCUCCCCGGAUAUCUGCAGCCUGUGUCCUCGAUCUACCUCCAUCUCUCUGUCAAUCUUACCUUUAUCUUGUCCAUCUUUCUCUAUCUAACUACAGUGCCUUCAAAACAGUAUUUGAGGAAAUAUGUUUUUUUAAAUAGCGCUGUUUAUUCUUGUUUCAAGCCCUUACUUUAGAUGAAACCUUCUACGAAAGUUAUUUUAGCACUUGCCUUGUCCUUGCUUAUAUUCGGAUAUAUUAUAAUAAGCAUAGAUGUAGCCAAUUGUUUCCGCCUCCAAUUUUGCUUUUUUUCCGACUUGGUAACUGGAACACUGGUAACUCGGGUGUGACGUCAUUCCCAGCUUGGACAUCUGACUUCCAAGUUAACUCAAACGCAGCAUCAGUGUCUAAGCUGUAGAGCAGCUCCUGACAGGCUAAAGCCACUGCUCUGGUUAAUGGUUACUGACUUAAUUUAAGACGACAGCAUCUCAUGGUGCAGCACAGUUUGACAGUAUUUUGAUCUAAAAAUUGGAGAUGGAGUUCCCUGUCUGCAAUAUGAGGUUAAAGCAGCAUGUGCCACUCGACUUGAGUAUUAUAUAACCAGCACAGGAGCGUGGCUGUUAGCCUGCAGAGGAGACUGAGGGCUGGUGGUGCUAACUCUGCUAACCGUAGACCCGGUACACACCAAAGAUUUGGAAAGGCUCAGAAAUUAGGGAUGAACCGAUCCGCUUUUUUCACCUCCGAUACCGAUAUAGAUGUAGGUACAUAUACAUUUAGUAUCGGCUGAUACCGAUCCAAUUCCGAUAGAGAAAAGCGGUGCUGAAUUACCAUUCGUUGUAAACUGAAGUUUUAGCACUGCCCUCGGAACGUUUACUGUGCAGGUAUUGCAAGUGGCCGUCUUGCUUGUAGGCUGAAGUAGUGUGAUAAAAUUCAAGAUAGCAGACCUCUUUGCUCGCUCCUUUUUGAAAACAAUGUGGGCAUCCGCUCAGCGCGUUUACUUGUGGAUGCCACUCACAGCGCAUAGCAUAGAGUUAGACUGAUUGAUCGGCCCUUAUGCAUCGGGCCCGUUGUCACGAUACCAGAUCUAGAAUUUUCUUCAGUAUCUGGACCGAUACCGAUUGCAGAUAUGAGAUUGGUGCAUGCCUAACAGAGAUCCUCCACAUGACAGAUUAAACAGUUUUGUUUCUACAGUGUGUGGUUUGCCACAGUGCGGCGGACAAAGCAAAGGGGAACAUUGAUAUUUUACAACCUAGGCCCUGUACCCCUAUGGUUUUGUGUGAGCUUCAAUGAUGAGGAGAACCAUUUAUGUCCACUACAUUACAAGUGCGUUAUUUACCACACACACACCAGGCUAUAAGGUGCUGAUCUUUGAGAUGAACUACUUCCAUAUUCAACCCAUUCUUUACAGUGUUUCUUUAUGUUAAGCUGCUACAGACAUAUUUAGGGUGUAUGUCAGCUUCCUGAGUCAAAAUGCAAGAUGCUGAAACCGUUACCACGAGCAUAAAUAAUUAUCAGUGCAUGUGCGGCUGCUUUUCUGUUAUUUGUUUAUCAAAGCCAUCAUACAGUCCAGUCGUACACAGAGGGAUCCUCUCAAAUAAAAGGCAGAACACAGAUUAAUCAUGUUUUCCCCAGCUGGGAUUCAGUCUUUAUGUUUAUAUUUAUGAACAUGAAAUUAAUUAGUCAGACUAAACGCCGGGUUCGUUCUCAGGUCAUAUGUGGCCUUGAGGGCUGCUGUUUAUAGCACAGCAUAGCUGACAUUCAAGUAAACACCAUGGCAACAUAAAAAGAUAAGCAGUGGGUUUAUCAGCACAGACAUAAUGUUAAGCAAUCUUUACAUACAUUAACUUUGAUUUACUGCUGUCCUCUUCUGUUUUAUAAUAAGCAUUUUAAUUGGCACACUGUAUGAUAUGUCUCCUUGUCUGACACUCAGGCACCUGCGAGAGAAGGACACAUGUAUGAAGAGGGAAAACAUGGAUUUACUUUACUUCUCAAAAAACCUGAAGUUGGAGGACAUCAGAUUUUUAGUGUUAUAAAGUCAUUUACAGAUUUUUAGUGUUUUAAUGUCAUGUCUGGCAUGCGCAAAGAUGUCGAGAACAAUAACUUAAAACGGGACCUGAAUGCAGACCGGUGUACACAAUUGACGAGUCAACAAAAGAGCACAGAGCAUCUAUCUACAAGGAGAAAAGUGUACAUUAUGUGCUUAUGUGGUAUUCUCUGGUAAAAGGUUAAGUGCUCAGAGAGGAAAACAGGGAAGACUUUGUCAGCGAUGUUAAAAACAGGACAGGGAGGGCAGGGCCAGGAUGGGAUGGUAUUUUUUUUUUUUUCAGCUACUUUUAUAGGCAAACAUUCCCUGAGGACCUGUACAGCUCGCAUUAUCUUCUUUUAUCUCGAACCUCCAUCAGGAUAAGACUCGACCUGUUCUUUCUUCGUUUUCUCGUGAAGAUAGUUUUGUCUUGUUUGGCAGAUGUUUCAUCUACCUGUAGUUUCAGGUUUGAUUUUCCAGGCAGUUUCCUAAGAAAGGAGUAACCAAAACUUAAUGAGAGGAAAGUGAAGAAACAAGCGAGCAGAGGCUGUUUGAAGUUUUCAGCUGGGUAUGAAACAAAAUGGGUAUGCCUUUUUAAAACCUGCAAAAACAUGCAGUACCAUUAGCAAGAUGACUGACUAUGUCUGUACCCUCACUUUAAAUGCUUUUAAUGUGACUGUUCUUUAACAGCACCGCUGACAAACCAGUUUAGAUGUCAACUGAUAUCCUGUAUAUUCACCGUCUGAAUGGAUGUCCCAGUUUUAAAGGGAUGUUGCACAGAGUACGAUAUCAGAGAGCCAUCUUGUCAGCACUCUUUUGAAGCAACAGGAGCAGAAUAUAUUCUUGUUAUGUAACAAAUGCUUGAAAAUAGUAUUUUGUUUUAGGUCCAAUUCAUAAUUUUUGCCAUUGAAUAUUUCUGUUGACAUCUCUCUCUCUUUAAACUAAGAUCUCAGCGUUAAAGUAAAAUCCAGUGUCUAAUAGGCAUUCUCGCCUGCGUGUGAAUGUGUUCAAUCAUGGUUGCUGUGGAGGACGUCCAAUCAGCAGGAAAUUAUCCAAACCCCCUGCGGCAACAGAAAUAUACUGGGCUAAUAUUCUGCACACAUGCAUGCACACAUAUACACACACAUGCACGGUGUAUUUAUGGCAUGGUCACAUGACAAAAAUGGGAAACAUGAGGAAAAUCUGCUGCAUAGUAAUCAGGGAUAUGCAAAUGCCGGUUGCUGUUGAACGGUUUACAUGAUCGAUGGUCUAUUUAUGUGUGUGUUUGCGUUGGGAUUGUUCUGUAAGCUAGACAUCUGUUGCCUCCCUGGUUUGCCUGUCUGUCAAGGGACUGAGGAGUUGGCCCGCUUCUUUCAGCACACACACACACACUUCGAGCCCCAUUAAAGCCUUGCAGCAAAGACACACCACGCCAAUAAAGCUCAACCAAAUAAUUUAAGUUAUGCUUUCCUGUCUUCAGAUUUUGAUGGUUAAUUAUCAAAGAUACACACUCAUGUCAGCCUGCUAAUGAUUGACUUGAUGUUCCUUUGAUGAUUCAUCCUACAGUGAUGGAUUUUGAAUGGAAAAUGUCAACUUUAAACCGAGAUUAAACGGAAUCACUCAGGAAAGCUGGUGGGGGGCUUUACAUGUGUGUCUGUUUCUGUGCGAUUGAGUACGCCCAAGGGUUUGUGUGUGUGUGUUUGCAUAUGAGCUUGCGUGGUAAUAUUCCCCAUAAAUUCUAUCAGCUUGUUUGGCAGCAGAUAUAAAGCUCUCAGUCAUUCUGCCUCCUCCCUUUACUCUCAAGCUAGGCUUCAAAUAAAACUCGAAAACAUGAGUUACACAAUUAUGUAUCCAAAAAUUAAAUCAAGUUUGAAGCAAGCCACAUUUGAGGUGGAAGGAAAUCAAGGAAUGAGUAAUAUUCAAUAAAGAAAAAAUUGAUUUAAUUCUGAAAAAAUGGAGCAAAAAUGCCCAAAACAUGACUUAAAGCUCCAGUAAAGAACUUUCUGCUUGCAUUGAUUUUGGUCCCCCCUCUUUAACAGUGAAAUUUAUGGUACACAAACAAAGGCUGUCUUCAAUGCAUCGACCCUCUCACAACACAAAAAAUCAAAAACUCCUCAUAGUAGCUUUAAUGUGCUUAAAGUUAUAGUCAGUAAUAGCUAAGCCUAUCUUAACUUAAUCUAGUGUCAUUGGAAAUGGAAAUUAUAUAACAGCGUUCCUUGCUCUGAGUAAAGACAAUAAUUCCAACUACCACGUUGACAGGUGAAUACUCAAAGAACUGCAGUUCCUCAACCGUCCACUAGAGGAACCCUCCAUCAGCAGAGUUAAUCAUGCUUGCAGCUUAGUGAGGUUUUGCCCUCUUGCUUACCUUUUAGAGUAUGUAAAACUCAGAGGUGGAGCAUUUUAAAGCUGUUUGCCAGGUGGCUAAAAGUUCACUUCACAUCUUUACUGGUUUCUAAAUUAGCCUGUAGUUAGCUUGACGUAACAUUUCCGAUAUGGCGACCACCAGCACUGGACUUUAAAUGUUGAUGUCACUGACACUUUUUCCUUGUUACACAUUAUGUUUGAUAUUUUUUGUCACUGAUAUUUUCAGGCCAAGAGACAGCCUCAUACCCCAGUAAAAAUAAAAUCAUGUUUUUGUUUCAAUUUUUUCUUAAUAUUUAUUCUAUCAAUUUUCUAGCUCUGGAAUCUUUUUCUACAGAGUCUAAAUAAAUUACAACAUUGUUGUUUGUUAAAAGUCUGAAGAAUCAGUCUGUUUUUCUGUCUCUGUUUGCUGUCUAGUGGUGGGAUGUGGAGAAAGGUGAAGCCCUGCAGACCUUCUAUCCAACGGGAACUGCCCUGAAGAGAAUCCACGUUUCACCUGACUUCUCCACCUUCGUCACCAUCGACAACAUCGGCAUUCUCUACAUCCUGAAGAGGGUAGACUGCUCCAGAGUCCAAUAAGGAGGGAUGACAAAAUCAAACAUGAGGGUUAACCUCUGUAUGUUGGACUCUUGCAGAAGUUUUGACUAAAAGCUAUAGAAUCCCAUCAUCACAUACUUCUCAACAGUCUCACAAGAGCCUUUACUUCUGCUCUGGUCGGGUUGCCUUUAACAGUUUGCACCAGCUUUAAAUAAAAAAAAAAAUCAUUCAAUCAUUCUGUAGAGUAGAUUCAAAUACAUGAUUUUUCUAAGUAAAAACAGGGCAGAACCUCUUGUGAGGGAGAAAACAGCAAAAAAGGUACAUCAUAAAGCCAUAUAUUUACUUGAUAAAACUCCAGGUCUACUGAAGCACAUCUUUGAAUCAUUUAAACCUGUGGAGGCUCAAAUCAACAGGUUUGUGAGAAUGAAAUCUGUGCCACUUAAAAUGUGAAUAACUACUUUUACUCGAUAUUGCAAUAGGGCCGAGUAUAAAUGCAUGUGAUCUGAGAGUUUACUCUCCAUUGUUUGUGAUGGAUUUAAACUAUUAACAGCAUCUCUGCUGAUCUCUUCGAUGUCAUAAAGUGCUUUUGAUUUGUAGAUGCAGUGAUGCUCUUUGUCAUAUCUGUGUGCGGGUUAAAUCUCCUGUGUCUGCUUUUAGGCCUUUUGAUUGAAAUCCUUUGUCUGAGUUGAUACAGUACUUGUGUGCGUGCGUGCGUGCGUGCGUGUGUGUGUGUGUGUGUUUGGCACAUAAGUCUCUCAGUCCACCAGCACGGAUAGAACUUCUGCUGAACUUUGAUCAGCAUUAAGAUUUAAUGGUUGGAUUAACAUUUUAAUGUUUGAGCCUUUAAACUUUUGAAAGCUUUUGGGUCAGUUUGUACAUCUGGGCUCUUUCAACUUUUGAACGUAGUUUUUUUGUGACGUAAAAUGCAGUAUUUAAUCUUUUUAUAAUCGAAGUUUCCACCCACCGGUCUUAAAAGGUACUGGAUUUAUUUGCAGUGAAAUUUCUACAUUUUGUACGACUUCUUCUAAACCACUUUUGACACACAUUUGGACAUGCAUGUGGUCUAGCUAUUGAGCCUUUUUCUAUUCUGUGCACUUUACCGCAGGAGUUACAAUCGUUUAUGAGCUCUUCACUUUGUGCUCUUCCACGCCGGUGCUUUCAAGUCAUAAGGAAAUUCAAUCAACAGAUUGUCUCUGGUGAAGAUAUCUUUGUGUUAAAAAGUUUAAUAAGGAUGUGAUCAUACUGUGGUGUGCUGCAAUGUGAGUAUACUGUAUCAGAGAUUAAAAAAUACAAUGUAAUAACAACUGGUGUCUGUCUGGAUUUUUUUUUACCGUGAAAAUUAUGUCUGCAUGACUUUAAUUUCCCAAAAUAGAGUUUUUCUGUUUAUUGCAUUUAGAAAACAUAAUUUUUAUAAGAGGUCAAAAAAUAGACACAGGUGGAGGUGGUAGAUACAGAGUUCUUUUUGUAAAUGACAAUGAUGAUUACGAUAAUUUGAUUAUUAUGCUUGUCUUACCAAAAGUCACAGCAUAAAAUCUGUUAUAGACAAGCGCUACAAUACAGUGGUUCUCAACUGGUCUCACUCUGGGACCCUCAUUUUCCCAUGGUCCUUAAGUCGUGACCCACUUUUAUAGAAUUCAAACAGAGCAAAUUUAUUUAAAAAUUUUAAAGCACAUGAAGGGGAAACCUUGAGGACGACAACUACUGAAGUUGCAUAUACAAGAAAUAUCAAAUAUCUAAUAAAUAUCGCAUUAAAUAAUUACCUUUUUGACCUGAUAUUCAUGACCCAUCUAGAAAUCUAAUACGGAAAUCUAGAGGCACUCUGCUUUGGCUUGCCCAAAAGUAAACUAUUGUGAUUCCAACAAAAGCUCCGUCUCAAAGGUGUAAAGGCUGAGAACAACAACUGUCCGUUUUUAGUUUAACGGCAGGCAACCCAAAUCAAGCAAAGUAACAAAAUUCCAUGAAAAACAUAUAUAGCAAAAUCAAAAUGAUUAACAAAUUCCAUUAACUUUAGGAGGACAGAAAAAGUAAAGAUAGUGAAGGGAAUUCAAAGGAUGAAAACGGCUGGGGAAAGUUAGCUAAACAGUGACCAACAGCUAGCUAAAGGUAAGAAAGCUGUUUCUCUUCCUGCUUGUUUUUGCGGUUUGCUAGUCUCUUGACUAAACACAAAACUUAGCCAAAAUGCUAACCUUGCUAGGCCAAGUAUUCCAGUUUGAGUGACUUAUUCGAAAUGAAUGUGUUAAAGAAAUAGAUUUGGAUACAGGAAGACAAAGUCACAAGGUAAAAGUUUCCCGCACAGAUUUUGGACAGGUGGUCCUUUGUGUUUUGGCACAUGGAGCUCUUUGGUGUCAGUAGGUGUUUUUUGCAAUCCCAUAUCCUCGUUCUUAAAGCUAGACUUUGCAGAAACAACUAACAUUCUGAGUGUUUUUGCUCACGUCAUAGUUUUUUUGAGCUACCCUAUUUUCAGAUUCUUGAAGCGACUCAUCUCAAGUUUGUGCACAUGGUUAAGUUUAGGCUUCUCCACAUAGCUAAAACACGACAGUCAAAAUAUCCUACUGCUGCCACUGGUGUUGACAUUUCGAUGUUCACAGAGUCUCUUACUACUGUCUUGAAAUAAAACACAACAGGUGCUGCUUUUAUCUCACACAUUUACCCGACAAACUGACAUCACACUGAUUUACACGCUGUCUGGAGGACAGUCUGGACGUUCACUGACGUAUGUUUUGAACACCUCCCUGCCUCUACAUUCAUCACCUGACUUAGAGUUCAAUUGAAGCGCUUUGUGGGGGGCUGGGAUCCAUCUCUCCUCUGA